GCUAUUUGCGUGCACAGCUCACUAUACAAAGAGGGCAGGUGUACAAGGUAGAUUGUCAAGGGAGACCUGUAGAGAGGUUCAUGGGGAGGAGUCUGGCUCCAUAGAACAACUCUGUAUGUAAAACCGUUGCAGAUGUUUGUGGUUUAUGAACGUUCUGUGUAGUGGCUACAAAAAGACAGAAGCAUUUCAACCUAGAAGCAUUUAUCAGUUCAGGUAAGAUGACUCUCCUUGCAAUCAAUAUGUAUAUAUAUAUGCUGUAUUGCGCACGUUUUAUAUGGAAUGUACACAUGAGAAAUGUUCAUUUGAUGUCAAAAUAUAUAUAUAUAUAUAUAUAUAUAUAUAUAUUUUUUUUUUUUAAGAGGUAUAGCACAAUUUAUUAUUUGAUAAAGUCCUAGAUUUGUAAAAAAAAUAUUAGACUGGCAUUCAGUCUGGAAAGGUUCAUUCAAAAUAAAUUCAAAUAUUUCUUAAAACUGAAUAAUAGCUACACCAGGGGUGCCCAAAGAGUAGAUCCCCAGUUGUUGUAGAACUACAACUCUCAUGAUGCUUUGCAUGCCUUUAGAAUGGAAAAGUGUCUUGGAAUUUGUCGUUUUAAAACAACUGGGGAUCUACUCUUUGGGCACCCAUGGUGUAGCUAUUAUUCAGUUUUAAGAAAUAUUUGAAUUUAUUUUUUUCUGCACCAUUAUUCAGUUUUAUACUAAAUUUUAAUAUUAAACAGGUCAAUCCUUUACAGUAGUAAAGAAUGUCUGCUAUGAAGCAAUAUUUAAUUAAGUAAUUUAAGCUGCAAAAAAAAAUGUGCGUCUAUCAAGUUUAAGCUUGUGUAUGUGUGUGCGUGCGUGUGUGUGUGUGCGUGUGUGUGCAUGUGUGUGUGUGUGAGACAUUGGUAGAUUUCGGCAGCAUUGCUUCUCUAACCUAUGAAUUCCAUAUUUCUGUUAUAUUAAUUUUAAAGUGUUGUUGCAGAUGACAUUUUUGUUUUCUGUGUUCCAUUCACAGUCCUGUGCCCUUCAUCAAUUAUAUAUUUAAUUUCCUUUUAUAAAGGCAGGACAAAGCACAGAGGUGAACUACAAAAAUAUAUUUUUUUUAUGGGAAUCAAUAGCCCUUUUAUGCAGGCUAAUACCCCACUGGCUCGUCCAGCUGCACAAUAAUGUUCUAAAUCGUUGCCAAGCUAAUUAUCUGCAUUUAUUACCAAAUCCUUCUUGAUGACAGAUUACCCUACAAUAACUCCACUGAGAGAAUAUUUGUCCAGUUCAUUUCUGUUUGCCAAGUGUAUCAUUUGCUGUGAUUGUUCUGUGUGAAACUUCAGUAGCAGGCAAGUUAGGUUGAGCAGCAGUUGGUCGGAUAACAGGCUGACCCAAGAUGGCUGCUCAGCUAUAGAAAAAAAAAAAUAUGCUUUAUUAAAUGUAAUAAAUGUAAACAAUUUUUUUUUUUUUUUAAAGUGAAAAUUGAAUGAUAUGCUCAGACCCACCAAACAACAAAAUUCCUUAGCUUUAAUUCCCUGGCGUGUUGGUGUUGCUGCGGCUGCUGCUCCUCCAUUGGCUGAGAUCAUCAUUACUGAUAAUCUCAGCCAAUCCAAUGUUUUCCCGUAAGGAAGCAAUGGAGGACUACUGUGUAUGUAGCAAUCACUAUGUCAGGUUUAGUCAACCUUCGGCACUCCAUAUGUUGUGUACUACAUCCUUCAUAAUGCUCUUACACCCAUAAUGCUGGCAAAGCAUCAUGGGAAGUGUAGUCCAGAACAUCUGGAGUGCCGAAGGCUGCCUAUGCCUGCACUAUGUUGUAUCAAAUCAGCAACUCCUCAUAGAGAUGCCUUGGAUCUCUAUGUGACGCGUUCGGCAUCUACAUGCUGUGUGAGUUACAGCUACUAUCAACUUGACUUUACCUUAAUGGCAUCUGAAAUGCAUCUUGGACCCUGAAAAGUCUUACAAUGACACCUCAAUACUGAUACGUGAGGGGCUUACCAUGUUGGUAAUCCUUAACCUGAACAGGGAGUGGGUGUGCUUUCUAAUUCUGGAUCGUGAUUCGCUGUCACUAGACGUUUUCAGAAUGUGUGUGCCGUCUAUGGCCCCGAGCAAAUUUGUGAUUUUGCCCUUAGUAUAGAACCAUAAAAAGGGGAUGUGUUCACUACAAUGUGAUGGGCCUUGGAGCUUUAUUGUACAUAUAUUAAAUAAAUGCCUUUUUUCCAAUAUGAUUAGAGACACCAGGGAACAUAGUAAUGCCGGGAUAAUAGGGAAAAACAAAAUGUCUGUCAGAACCCCCUUUCCAUGGAUCGUACCCCCACACAAUAUAUAGCUGGAAAGCUCAUCACCGAACUCCCUCGCUGUCCUGAUUGGAGAAUCCGCACCCAAGUUACAACAUGUUGAAGUUUUACCAUUCUAUUGGGUGAAGAGUUCCAGGCAAACGGUGGCUUCAUUCCUUUAUUCAUGAAACGGGUUCCUGGACCUUUGAGGAAGGGAGAGCACUCAAGCCCCAGGUAUCCUCCAAUGCCUUCUUGUCCCCCCCUUCCCCAAAGCUCCCCUUCAAAUAGUGCUUUAUUUCGAGAUCAGGAAAGUGAGCGAUACCCAUUUAAAGAUUUAAUGGACUUCCGCACAGUCCUGAUCCGAGAAACAGUUCCAGAGCAUUUCAGGAUAUCUUCUGUUGGGGUGCUAGAUAUGUAAAAUGAGUCAAGGCGAUCAGGGCCGGUGCAAGGAUUUUUGCCGUCCUAUGCAAACAGAAAUGUGCCGCCCCUGCAUGCUCUGCCCACCAUGUGACAUCACAAUGUCCCACCCAUAUGAUCUGCCAUAUAGCCAACGCUGCACACAGUGUCUUUUCUCUGAAAAGGCCGUGUGUUUACAUUAAAAGGUCUGCAGGAACAGGCUAUAGACACCAGAACCACUUCAUUAAGCUGCAGUGGUUCUGGUGACUAUAGUGUCCCUUUAAUGUGAGGUAAAUUAGAGAUUAGUGCCACUAAUAAUAUACUGGAUUGUCUACUUACCACCAGAUGAGGACAAGAGGAUGAUGAUGGGCUCUGGCUGCAGUCUGGUUCAACUGGUCUGGUGUUAAAACAGGCUCUCUGGAGGUUCUCUAGUGCUCACAAAAAUAAACAAACAGGAAGCAGCUCCAUUUUUUGGGGACCCUUACACAGAUCACAGUCUGGGCCCCCACGGCCUGACUGAAAGUAUGCCUACAAAGCCCGCCCAUUAGUUUGCUCACAGUGAGUGGAGUGUAUGUGUGUAGGGGAUGUGUUAUGUGUUAUUGUAGAGGAUGUAAUGUGUGCGUGUUCUUAUGGAAUGUAGUGUAUAUGGAUUCCAAUUUGUGUAAGGGAUGUAUACUGAUGUGUGUAUAGGGCAUGCAUUGUGUGAAUCUGUGUUUGUAAUGUAAUGCAGUGUGUGUCUGUAAUGGGUGCAUUGUGUGUGUAAGAGAUGCAUUAAGAGAAGCAGUGUGUGUGUGUGUGUGAAAGGGAUGCAUUGUGUGCUUCUGUGUAUGUGUGCAAGGGCUGCAUUGUGUGUGUAUGUGUGUGUGUGAGGUAUGCAUUGUAUGUGUGUAAGGGAUGCAUUGUGUGUGUAAUGUGUGCUUUGUGUGUUUUUCUGUGUAUAAGGGAAGCAUGGUGUGUUUCUGUGUGAAUGUAGGAUGCAUUGUAUGUUUUGGUGUGUCUGUAUGUGAGUAUGGAUGCAUUGUAUGUUUCUGUGCAUGUGUGUGUAGGCAUGUAUUGUGUGUUUCUGUGUAUGUGUAAGGAUGCAUUGUAUAUGUGUGUAGUGUGAAAGAGAAGGUUUGUGGGGUAGGAGAGGGGAGCAGCUCUUUUUUGUAUAUUUUUUCUUAAAGUUUUGUGUUUUACACCACCCUUUAGUGUAUCUCUUACAAGCCCCUUGUGUGUCUCUUAUCCAACCCCUUUGCGUGUCUUACUCCCCCAAGCCCCUUUGUGUCUUACUCUUCCCAGCUCCUUGGUGUGUCUCUUUUCCCCCCAGGCCCUUCUAAGUGUCUCCCUCACAAACGACUCUGUGUGUGUCUAUCCUGAGCCCCUCUGUGUGUUUGUUUCCCCUACCAGCCCUUUCUAUGCUUUUCUUUCACUCCUUCCUCAACCUCUAUGUGUGUCUUACAUUCCCCCAUCCCUUAAUGAUCUCUUCCAUUUCCCUGUCCCUUAGUGGUCUCAUCCCCACUUCUCCCCCUGUCCCUUAGAGGUCUCCCCUAUUGUCCCUCAGUGUUGUUCCCUCCUCUCCUGUCACUUAGUGUUGUCUUCCCCCCUUCUGCAACACUCCCCUCCUGUUCCUUAGUGUUGUCUCCUUCACUUCUGUCCCUUAGUGCCCUCCCCUCCCCUCCUGCCCCUUAGUGCCCUCCCAUCCCCCCCGUCCCUUAGUGAUCUUCCAUCCCCUCCUGUCCCUUAGUGAUCUCCCCUGCACCUUGGUGAUCUUCCCUGCCCCCCCCCCCGUCCCUUGGUGAUCUUACCUGCCCCUCCCUGUCCCUUAGUGCUUUCCAUUGCCAUUCUGUCCUUUAGUGAUCUUGCAAUCCCUCCCCUCCUGUCCAUUAGUGCUCUCCCCUGUUCCUUAGUGAUCUCCCCUGCUCUUAGUGAUCUCGCCUCACUACCUGUCCCUUAGUGCUCUCACCUGCCCCUUAGUGAUCUCCCCUGUUCCUAAGUGAUCUCCCCUGCCCCUUAGUGAUCUCCCUUGCCCCUUAGUGAUCUCCCCUGCUCUUAGUGAUCUCCCCUGCCUCCCCUGUCCUUUAGUGCUCUCCACUGCCCUCCUGUUCCUUAGUGCUCUCCCCUCACCUCCUAUCCCUUAAUGCUCUCCCUUGCCCCGUCCCUUAAUGCUUCCCCUGACCCUUAGUGUUCUCCCCUGCCUCUCCUCCUGUUCCCAUAGUGCUCUUCCUCCCCCUGUCCCCUCUCCCCGUCUUUCCCUUAGUGGUCUCUCCUCCCCUCAUCUUUCCCUCAGUGAUCUCUCCUCCCCCCACCUUUCCUUAGUGGUCUUUCCUCCCCCAACUUUCCCUUGGUUUUCCUUCACCCCACCAUCUUUCCCUUAGUGGUCUCUGCUCCCCCAUCUUUCUCUUAGUGGUCUCUGCCCCCCAUAUUUCUCUUAAUUGUCUCUACUCCCCCCCUUCCCAUCUGUCCCUUAGUGGUCUCUCUCCCCAGUGUCCCUUAGUGCCAUCUCCCCUCCCUUCCCUGUUGUGUGCUUCCCUUCUGCCUAAGUCACCUAUAGGAUGUGCCAGCCCUGAAGGCGAUCCCCAGAAGUUCUCAAGUCUGGCUGGGAAGCACAGUACACGUCAGGAGCCCCCAUACCUUUCCCCACAGUGACAAUAGCUGAUUUUAGGGGCCCUUGGGAAUAAACCCAUAGUCUGUUGGCAGGAAACUGGUCUUCAAACCUCUCCAAAAGUCUGUGGCACAGGAGCUUCAGACACACAUGCAAUUUCAUUUUUCCAAGUUUAGGUUCUCUAAAUAUAUAUAUACUCGUAUGUUUGUGUGUGUAUAUUUAAUAAUAUCCACAUCCAGACUGGUUUUUGAAUGAACAUUUGCUAAAUCUGAUAUCCUGGCCUGCAAUAUUUUUCUGUAUUUAUGUUGUCAGAUUGCAGUUCCUCCACAGUUUCUCAUUAGAUUGUAUUAAUAUGUUAUAUCAUUUAUGUAAUAAAUAUCCUCCUAAUAUAUAUAUAUAUAUAUAUACACAACUAAUAGGACUACAAAUGUAUUCUUUCACCAUUUGUGUAUUUGUACUUUUUUUCUUAAAUGUUUACUUAAUAUUCUUUAUCCUAAUUUAAACACUCACUGCCCGUGAACUAUCAAAUAACCUUCAUUCUCUCAUUUGUUAAUACGUAGCUCGCUUAGCUGUAAUGAAUCGUAACCCUCGUUUGGCCUUUUUGUUUAGACACAUAUUAUUUUCACCAUGAUCGAGCACUGUCACAUGAUAUUCAAUGACCAGGUUAUUGAGAAAUGAGAGCUGGUCUGUUGUUGUUGUGGUUACAAAUGACAAUCUAGCUCGAAGCACAAUCUGUGGUUCUGCCCAUGUUGUGUAACACACUGGAGGUAAGUUCUCAUGAAAGAAAAGCCGUGUAAAGUAAAUAAAUAUGUUUAACUGUAUGUCUCUAUAUAUUGCACACAUUCAAACAGAGACUACUCUUUAAAGGAGAGCUUAUGAAAAAAUGGGGCGAUGGACAAAAAAUUCCUAAAAUAGGUUUUAACGUGAAGAUAUUGCUAACUGUUUCUGUAAUCAUGAAUGACACUUAGAUCAUAACCAAAAUAAUUUAAACAAACUUGGAAAAAACUCCACCAACCACAGCCACUAUACAUAAUUGGGGUAUUUCUUAUGAUGCAAGGAGGUUACAGGAUAUUGUAAUUCAGUAUCGAGUCCACACAAAGACAGAUGGUCCCGUCCUUUUUUGACAAAAGGAUCAUGGGAGAGAAAAAAUACCUCUGUUCAUACGUUGGCCAUAUGAUGAACAUGCUUCCUCUCCACGUCCAGCUAUUUCUUAGAUUUCUGGAAUAACGUUCUUCGGACAGACGAGACCAAAGUGGAAAUGCUUGGCCAUAAUGCACAGUGCCCUGUUUGGUGAAAACCAAACACCGCAUGUCAGCACAAACACCUCAUACCAAGCAUGGUGGUGGAAGGGUAUUGAUUUGAGCUUGUUUUGUAACCAGAGGAUCUGGGAAACUUGCAGUCACUGAGUCGUCGAUGAACUGCUCAGUAUAUCAAAGUAUUCUAGAGUGAAAUGUGAGGCCAUCUGUCUGACAGUUAAAGCUUGGACGAAAUUGGGUCAUGCAACAGGACAAUGAUCCCAAGCAUACCAGCAAAUCUACAACAGAAUGGCUGAAAAAGCAAACAAUCAAGGUUUUGCAAUGGCCCAAUCAAAGUCCAGACCUCAACCCAGUUGAAAUGCUGCGGCGGGACCUUAAUAGAGCUGUGCAUGAAUAAAGGCCAGUUGUUUGCAAUUAAAAAUAUAUUACAAAUGUCUGGAUCUAGCUCACAUUCAAAUAAUUUUUUGCAUACUGGUGACAUUUUGCAAAUAUACACCCAAAAGGCAAUCAGGUGCCUUCAAAAUAAUCUAGAUAAUGGCCAGUUUCUGUUACAAUUAUAAGACAAAACGGUACUGAUCCUUUAUAUGCUUAUAUUUCAGGAUCAGUUUUCAGGGGUAUAGUAGCAGAGCCUUAGUCCUGACCAGGACUCUCUCUCUGCUAUGAUCAAGAAUUCAGGAACAAGAAAUAGCCAAGUGAAUCGUCUACCUCCACCCCAGCAACUCGACGACACACAGUUCUGGGAGUAUAACUGAUUUUAUUCUGGCCACACACUACGUUUAUGCACUGACCCCUAGCAUGGGGUCUCUACAUCCAAAAUGCAAGGGUUUUCCUCUGAGGAUCCUCUGUUCUUGAGAGAUAAUUAAGUGAGAGAUUUAUAACUCCAUUAUCUCUCAGAUACGGGAAACAUAUACAAUAUUACAAAUCAUAAUAAAAAUAAAUUUUAAUAACAUCGAAAACCCACGAAAGUCAUAUCAUCGAACAGCUUGUGUCUGAGCGCCCACUUUGUCAAAAUAGCGCUCAGAUCCCUUCAGUGGUUAGGGAAUGCCAUUCAAAUUAAGUUUUGACCGGUCGGCUAUGAGGUGAUAACCCAAAAUAGUUCUAUAGAAAACAAGGCAACAACCGGUCAUCUUUCAGCGGUUCUCACAUGAACACUGACGAAUGCUCCCACUGACUGUAAAGGAGCGAAUACUCCCCCUGUUCGGUAGAUCCUAUCUCCAGAACGCUGUUCAUCUGGGUGGUCGGGAAGUAGCGGGCAGUGGUACCAUCUCAGCCCGGGUUCGAUGCCUGCGUUUGGGAGACAAAAUGCACUGGACCACAUGCAUUCGGUUAUACGAAUGGCGGCCACCCAGUGAAAGCACUUGAGUUAAUCCCCAAUUUGCUGUUAACAGCCAGGGAAGGUCAGUGUUUGAAUGGUUAUAACAUGGGAGACCACACACUGUCCUUUCGGGAGACGAACAAGGGGUACGGACAACCAAACACCAGGGAAGGGAGUUUACUACAGUAUUGUAUAAUGUCUCAUACUUUCUAUUUAUUACCUCCUGAUAUUUAUGAAAAUAAAUAAUUAAUACAUUAAAUGGACACUUUUGUCACCAAAACAACUUUAGCUUAAAUGAAGUAGUUUUUGUGUAUAGAGCAUGCCUCUGGAGUCUCAAUUUUAUGGCAUUUUGGAAUUAAAUCACUUUUGUUUAUGUUUAUGCAGCCCUAGUCACACCUCCCUUGACAGCCUGUAUGUUAUAUUUUCCAUCGGAUGUAAGUUACUUUAAAACUUUUUAUCUCUUGCUCGGUAAAUGUAACUUUAAUUACACACAGGAGGAUCCUGCAUGGUCCAGCAAGCUAUUAACAGAGCAGGAGAUAAAAAAUUGUAAAUAAAACAGAAUUUGCCAUAAAGGAAGUGUAAACAUUUGUUGACACUUUACAGGAAAUAUUUAGGAAGGCUGUGUAGAUUACAUGCAGUGAGAUGUGACUAGGACUGUAUUAACAAAGUUAGUAAACUCCUUAAUAACUGAGAAUUGAGCAGUGAGACUGCAGGGGCAUGGUCUAUACAUCAAAAUUGCUGCAUUAAGAUAAAGUUGUUUUGGUGACUUUAGUGUCCCUUUAAAUAUUUGUGUACAUUCACAUUUGAAUAUUCAUGAUUAUAUACACAAAUACAAUUUUUGUUCUUAAUUAUGUGCUGGAUUCAUCUUAAACGAUACAUUAAUGGGGCAAACUAAACACCAUAACCACGACAGCGGUAGUAAUUACGUUGCCAGGAAUCCACUGCCACCAUCCCCACCUUUUUUUUGUACACAUACCUUGGUCCAGACCCUAUUCACAUAUAUUGCUAAAGCAGAAGAUCCUACUUCUGUGAUAUUAAGAUCAAUUCUGUCUAUUGUUGGCUAUAAAUUCAUAGACCUAGAAUGUCAGUAUCAAAACUUAAGCUUUACUUAUAUCGGAGGAGAAGUGCUAGAGCAGGCUUCCUCAAACUCUGGCCCUCCAUGUUGCUGAACCUCAACUCCCAUGAUUAUAUGAAUGACAUAGAAAGGCUGAGAAUCAUGGGAGUUGUAGUUCAGUAACAUCUGGAGGGCCGUAGUUUGGGGAAGCCUGUGCUAGAGUAUGGAAUCCUAGGGGACCCUGGUAAGUGUCAAAAUGUUCAAAGUCUUUUUGACUCUUAACAGCAGGUGUGCGCCAGGGAUCUCUGCAUACCAUAACCACUACAGUGUUUUGUAGUGAAAAUAGUGCUUAGAGUAUCUCUUUAAGUGCUAUGCUAUUGUGCUCCAGUCCAAUUCUAUCAGCUUAAAAAGGAAACUAGUAACUUAUUAAAUUUUUACUCAUUUUCUAAACUGUAAGCAGUGGAGAAUUAGUUGUUUACUAAGGUCCAGAGCAAUGAGAUUUGUGGUUUAGAAGGUAAGCUUAAUGCCGAUCCGAAACCUUUGUUGAUUUUAAUGAGGAUUCCUAGAAUAAACAAUAGUUUUACAUGUAAAUAUAAUAAUUUAUUAAUGACCUCCACAAUAUAGAGGUCGAGUGACUGGAUUACUUAUUUACUUAUUAGCUUUAUAAAAGGAUUUUACAGAAGCCUUUCUGAAUAUUAAAGAGAAGAGUUACAUUUGCUUACACAACAUUGAGUGGGGAUAUAGAAAAAACAAAUGCAUAUAUAAAGAGAAAGAAUAUCUGUUCUGCCCACUAUUUGUGAUUCAUUAUCAUGUUAUUACAUACACAUAUAAGCUGUUAAUGAAAAUUGUUUUUUAAUUUUUUUAAAUUGUGAUUAGAUGUGAGAGCAUGAGCCAAACAAAGUAUAUAUUUUUUUCUUCAAUUCUUGAUACGUUUUCAGAUUAUUUUAUACUUUCAAUCAAUUGUUUUGGUCUACCAAAGAACCUGUGGUUAUCACUAUCUAACUUAGUACUUUGUAUAAAAGUGGUUCAAUGGCUGGAUCUCAGCUCACAGACAGAUGAAGUUUGAAGAAUAAUACGUUAGUGUGUAUGUGCCAGUGUGCUGAGCAUUGACUAUGCUCUCAAUAAAUCCUUUAGCAUCCUUUUAGAUUGUAAGCUCUUUGGGCAGGACCCUCUUCAGCUGGGAUAGGACACAUUAGACACCUGUCUAGAUAUUAUGAGCAUCAAUCAAAAUAAUUUUCUGUUCCUUACAACCAUGACAAAAAUUAAACUGUUCAAUUAAAGAAUAACUCCAGUCCCCAUGACUUUAUUGAGAUAGAGUUGUUUUUUACAAUUGAUUGAUUUUUGGUUUUAUUUUUUUCAGAUUUUUUGCCAUGAACACAGAAUGAAUCAAAAAGAGAUUACAAACACAGAAAUCUAUGACGAUGGAGGAAACGCUGGUAGUAAGUAAAAUAUUAAGCAUAUUUGUGCAUGUAAAAAAAAAUCUACUGUCUGUUAAAAAUAAUGGCAUCUAUGACCCUGUAUAUUGUGAAUAUCUUGACUAAAACAAUCUUAAAAUAGUUUUAAAAUCUAAGUUUCUGAUUCUUUAAAAAAAAGAUUAGUCGACAGGUGCAGUUUUGCUAGAUUUGAGAAUUGAGCUAUUACAUAUAAGUAGAGUGACCUAUAGAUAUUUUCUUUUCUGUAUCAGGAGAACCAUUUAAAUGCUGUAUGUAGACCAAGGGGCUCAUGUUGCAAAGUAACGUGGUUAUAACAAUUAUUUACUAUUUUACUAUUAUUUACUAUUUAUAAAUCACCAAUAUAUUCUGCUAGACUGUAAAAUGAGGGGAAUACAGACAAUGCAAUAUAGAAAUUACAUUGAAAAGUAACAAAGGAUCCUACCCAAAUGUUACAAAUUUCAGCAAAUUACAGCACAAUUACAGAAUCUAAAGGCUUCUGAAUUUGCUCCCAGGUUGGUUACCACCUGUACCCUGUAAAUCCAUGCUACACUGCUGAUUAAAGAGACACUAUAGGCACCCAGACCACUUCAUAUCAAUGAAGUGGUCAAGCUGCCAUGUUCCCCUUUCCUGUUUUAACACUGCAGUAGAAAAAUUUCUGAUCUGCAGAUUGGUAGAGUGGGUUACAAGAAAAUAGCAGAGUAAUAUUGUACUAUUUCACCAGAUGGUUUCAUAGAGACCAUCUGAUUCGUGCAGCAUGUUUUGCUGCGCAUGCGCACCAGCCUCCGAAUGCUUUCCCAUAGCAUUGGAUUGUUUGAAAUCAUCAAUCAUGAUCUUAACUAAGGAGGCUGUGGAGACUGGCGCUGUGAGGAAGAAAAGAUAAGUAAAACAUAUUUUUCUGUGUGCGUUUUCUUACUGUACAAGGGGACGCUCACCUAAACUGCCACCAGGGAACUAUAGUCUUGGAGAUACACAUGUAUAUGUAUAGUGUUCCUUCCUUUACUGAGUGGAUUAUACAGAAAGAAUAAAUUAUAUGUUAAAGGGAGAUAAAGUUCAACUCACCUACGCCCAAGGGAGACGCUGGGUAAGGAAGGUCCAAUCAUUCAAUCCAGGAGCGAUCUUAAUAUUGCAAAAAGCAUGCCAUAAACGCACACACCGUGGUAGAAACUAGUUUAUUGGCACUAAGCAGGAGGUUUGCAUAGCUUCCCCUCUACACCCUGUUCCAAAUUAUUAUGCAAAUUCUAUUUCUAAGUGUCACAAAGAUUAAAUUUUUUGUUUUUCAGUUUAACUCAUGGGUGGCAUUGUGUCUCAGGGUUCUUUUGAUCACUGAAAACAAUCUCGGACACCUGUGAUAAUUAGAUUGCCAGGUGAGCCCAAUUUAAGGAAAAACUACUUAUUAAGCAGAGCACCAUUUUCAUGCAAUAUGGGGAAGAAAAAGGAUCUUUAUGCUGCCAAAAAUAGUGAAAUAGUUCAAAGCCUUGGACGAGGUAUGAAAACAUUAGAUAUUUCACAAAAAAAUACGCGUGAUCACCGCACUAUUAAGAGAUUUGUGACUGAUUCAGAGCACAGACGGGUUCGUGCAGAUAAAGGCACAUUGAGGAAGAUUUCUGACAGAUCCAUGCAUCGGAUCAAGAGAGCAGCUGCUAAAAUACCAUUACAUAGCAGCAAACAGAUAUUUGAAGAUGCUUGUGCCUCUGGAGUCCCACGGACAUCAAAGUGUAGAGUCCUCCAGAGUCUUGCAACUGUGCAUAAACCUUCUAUUCGGCUACCACUAACCAAUGCUCACAAGCAGAAAUGGCUGCAUUGGGCAGAAAAAUACAUGAAGACUAAUUUUCAAACAGUCCUGUUCACUGAUGAGUGCUAUGCAACCCUAGAUGGUCCAGAUAGAUGGAGUAGUGGAUGGUUGGUGGACGGCCACCCUGUUCCAACAAGGCUGCAACGUCAGCAUGGCGGUGGUGGAGUCAUGUUUUGGGCCGGAAUCAUGGGAAGAUAGCUGGUCGGCCCCUUUAGGGUACCCGAAGGUGUAAAGAUGACCUCUGCAAAGUAUGUGGAGUUUCUGACCACUUUCUUGCCUAGUACAGAAGGAAGAACUGUGCUUUCCGUAAUAAAAUCAUCUUCAUGCAUGACUAUGCACCAUCUCAUCCUGCAAAGAAUACCUCUGCAUCAAUGGCUGCUAUGGGGAUAAAAGGAGAGAAAGUCAUGGUGUGGCCUCCAUCCUCCCCUGACCUCAAUCCUAUUGAAAACCUUUGGAGCAUCCUCAAGCAAAAGAUCUAUGAGGGUGGGAGGCAGUUUAUAUCCAAACAGCAGCUCUGGGAGGCUAUUCUGACAUCUUGCAAACAAAUUCAGAAACUGUCCAAAAACUCACAAGUUCAAUGGAUGCAAGACUUGUGAAGCUAUCAAAUAAGGGGUCCUAUGUUAAAAUGUAACGUGACCUGUUAAAAUGUUUAAAAAGUUAAAAUGUUGUUAUACGUUUGAUUGAAAUAGCUUUUGAUUUCAGUAAAUCUGCUGCAAACACAACAAAUGACAAUUUUCAUUUCUUUACAACCUAUAAAGUGUUUUGAAACUUACUGUGCGUAAUAAUUUGGAACAGUGCAUUGUACGUUUUUUAUGUUUAAAAAAAUACUGUUAUCAUUAGGAGGUUUGUUCAAUAAAAUUUGAAUUGUACUCUUAAUAGUUGAUAACAUGAGAAUUAUGCUGCCUGUUAUUUACAUCAAUUAUUUAGGUAAAUGAGAAAAAUAUAAUUUGCAUAAUAAUUUGGAACAGGGUGUAUAGUUGUAGUAUAGUGUCAAUUAAAUCUUUUCUACCACAGUAAGCAAUUGUUUAUUGUGUACUUUUUGCAAUGUUAAAGGGUUCCACUAACGCUCUUUUUGCUUAUUUUGUUUUUGUCAUUUUGUGCAUUAUUGUUUAGGUCACCCCCCACUCCAUAAAUUGUAAAAUAAUUUACAAAAAUAAAACAAUAACUUAGCUGGCAUCCAGUACAGGGCAAAGCUCCUGGCACUGCACUCCACUGCCUGUCUGACACCAGGGCAGCCAUCCAGAGGUCCAAUCAAAUGCUUCUUAUAGAGCAUAGAAGCAUUUAAUUGGGCCAUUUAACUGGCUCAGACCACAUGUGCGUGCUCUGAGCUGGUAAGGGAGGGAGGGAAUAUAAAGAUAACACUAAUGGUGGGCAUAGUUAGAAAGGUAGGGCUAUAGUGAAGAAAGGAGGGAGGGGAGAUAUAUAUGCUUCCCUUUGCAGGCAGCGCAUGCAAGGGAUAAGCACAUUGUAUAAGUCGCCAGCGCACUGUGGGCACUCACUACAGACUUAUAUUUUGCACAGAAUUGACAACCUGGGACAGAGUUCUGGGCUGCCUAAGUCACAUGUACCGGGAUUAUAGCUAGCACUGGCCCACAAGGGCAAAAUAUCUCUUAAUGGGUAGUGGUUGAAGCUAAAACGGGGCACAUACAGACUCCCACCACCAUCACCACUUCUAAGAACAGAAGUGAUGAUUGUGGUUGGAGUAACCCUUUAAGAUCGCUAUCUGUGGAAAAUGUGUUCAUGUUCAGAUAAAUAUGUAAGGUUCCAUGUAUAUUUUUUUCUAUAUAGUUUGAACCGUGUACUGAGCACUCGAUAAUCUAAAAGCAUAUUGGCGCUAGAAUGAUUGUAAUAGUUGUACUGUCUGUCUAUACAAGGGUACAAACAUAUAGGCAUUUUAGGAUAGGGCUUUUAUCUCUCCACAGAGCUUACAAUCUAAAUUUGAUGUGAAAUCAAAACAACAAGGUUAAAUCAAUUUAGCAUGUAGGUGAAUUGCAUAGUUAAACUCUGUAUUAGAGGGGAUAGUUAACAUGACAGUCCUGAUAUCAUGUUGGGUCUUAACUGAGAUGAGAGAUGCCAUUUUUAAAUGUGGAUAUGAGCAGGGAGUUUCCACAACCCAGAGAAAAGAAGGUUAAAUCGUUUUCUUUUCUUGUGGGGGAAACCAUUGUAAAAUAAUUGGAUGUUGCAGACCUCACUUGGCAUUAAAGUUAACAGACUGAUGCAUGAGUAACUGUUUAAUUAAGGUGAUGUGGCUGAGGAAAAAUAAAGUUUAAAUAAAUCAUCACAUUGCCAAUGCUGCUUCAUGGCAAAAAGUAAGAUCUGGGAGGCUGCAGCCAGUUGGGACAUGUUGAGGAAGCUUGGGCUACUUUGACUAUAAUAGGUGCCAUAUAGCAUGGUUAUUGUAUAUUUAGUAAUAAGCAGUCAUUAUGCAACAGGAGAAGGGAAUGUGUGGAAAGUCCUUUGAGACAAGGAACAAUGGAGGAGGGAACAGAUAUCAAUAGCAUAUAACAGAGACCAGAAAUUAUGAACAUUUCUGCCUCCUCGUGGGCCGGUGACAUGAUCAAGGUUCUGCCUAAUUCUGAUGGGGGCCCAGAGCGCAUCAGGUCUGCACCAUCGCCGGGUACAGACACCGAGUAGCUCUCUCUCACCUGAGAUUCUGCAUUCAGAGCGUUGCCGCGCGGGUUGCCAUGGCAACGCUCUGAUACUAUCAGUGCCGGAGCUCCGCGGAGGAAGGUCCCUGGUCUGUGUACCGCGCUGGCAGGGACUGCUGGACACCCCUAUAAGGCCCGAGGUAUGCAAGAGGGAGUGAGCGAGAAACUUUAUUUUCAUAAUUAAAAUUCAUAAGAGUAAAUAGAAAUUGUACCCCCCCUUCUUUAAAGUCCUAUAUUACCCCUUCCCACACACAAAACACCCCUAUCCCAGCCACAAUAUGUUUCCUACAUACAAUGCAUGAACUACACACACAGGUACACUAGAGUCUCUGUUUACAGAAAAUACAGCCCCUACACACACUCUCUGCAACCCCUAUCCACAAAUACUAUACUGCACAACAAACAACACACAAAAAAAAUGUACACACACACUAUACCACAAAUAGCCCCUUACCACACACACAACAUCCCUAUCCCACUCACACUAUAUUCCCUAUACACAAUGCAUGAACUACACAUAUACACACAUACAUGUACAGCCCCUAGCCAUAAAUACUAUAGUACACCACAAACAAAUCUAUCUAUACACACACACACACACUACACUACACUACACUACAAAUAGCCCCCUCCCAAAGACAACAUUCCUGUCCCACUCCCAGCACUUUAUUACCUAUACACAAUGCAUGAACAACACAUAUACACACAUACAUGUAAAGCAGCCCCUAGCCACAAAUACUAUACUACACCACUUAUACAACACAAACAGAUCUAUUCACACACACACUACAUCACAUACAGCCUCUUGUACACACUCACACACAAACCCACAACCAGCCUCCAGAUGUAUGCACAGUACCCUUUCCUGGCUUUGCCCCACCUCUGUUCUCUGGUUUCUAACUUAUGGAAACACCAGAGACAAGACACCAGCAAACGUCGCACAUGCGUGACAUUAAAUUUGCUUGUGCUGCACAAAACAAACACAGUGCCUCUUCCCAAUGCAAAGUGGUGGAGUUCUGUUAUAUUGUGAAUUAUUAUUUUUUUUGCCGUGAUUCUCUGUGAUACACUCAUACACACGUACAUUUCUGCGAGUUUUCUCAAUAAGUAAUGUAAAGGAAAAAAAGCUUUGUAUAUAUGUUGUAAAUGCAUCUUUCAUGGGAGGGGGCGACAAAAUGGACCGAAAAUCCUUGCACCGACCCUGGCACCAGCACUUGCCUGCUGGGAAACCAUUAAAAAAUUCCUAGUGGGCCUCUCUUGUCUGGGACUGGUGUCGUUUCACUGCUAUAGAUGAGUGGCUCCUUAUUCACUUCCUUGCGCAGUUAUGAUCUCCCUCACUGGGUCCCUCACUCCCUCGACACAGAGGAGCCACUGGAAAUACACUGCCCAGUGCCAGCUGUCAGCUGCCCGGUACAUAUAGGUACUGUCAUGUAACCCCAGCGCCCAAGCAUAAAUCAAUGCUUGUUGCAGGCAGGAGAUUCCGGGAACAUGAACUGGAGGAAGGCCUACAAGUGGGAAAGGCUCUACUUUUUGGGAACUACUUCCUAAAACCAUGCCAUACCUCUGGAGCUAUUAAUCUUUGUAAUAUAAUUGUGGAAUUAUAGAAACUGAACUAAAAUUAACACAAAAAAAAUUUACUGUUUUGUUCUUUUGUCAGACUACACAUGGCAGGUUAAAGCCAACGACAGGAAUUUUAACCGCUCCAUUUCAAAAAAAAGAAAAUAUGCAGUAAGUACUUUGUAUAGUCUUUAAAAUGAAAAUGCAAUGGUAAUAUACACUGAUUGGCCACAACAUUAAAAUCACUGACAAAUUUGCAAAUAAAAAUCCAAUUUGUAAAUACUAAUUUGUUUUCUUCCUAUCUUGUUUGUUUUUAAGGACAACAGCAUUAAAACGAGUAAAUACAACGUCUUAACAUUCAUUCCCCUUAAUCUGUUCGAGCAGUUUCACAGAGUGGCUAACAUAUACUUCCUGUUUAUAAUAAUCUUACAGGUAAGUGUUCUCUAGAGAGUAGUAUGUUUAAUGUUCUUGCUGAUCAUUAGUACACAUAGUUCCCUGAGUGCAGGAAAUCCAGAUUAGAAAAUGCUGACUAAUUAGACUUUGUUAAAACCUGAUGGCUAAAAAUGUCAUCCUUACUGUAAUGUGACUGUCCUGGGCAUUGCAAAAAAAUGAAAAACCUGGUAAUUGUGGUUCUCGUAGACCAUAUACAGUCCACCCAUUAUCAGAAACAAGAAGGCAGAAUAAAGUGUGCCCAAUCAACAAAAAUAUAUUUUAACACAAUAUUUAUAAUAUGUUGUUGUGCAAAAUUCAUAUAUUAUACAGGCCUUCCAACCGUUCUGAUUACCGUGGUAUAGUCCCGAUUUUCGGGUCAUGUCCCGCCGUCCUGAGUUUGUUUCCUGGUGUCCCACUUUUGCGGACACCAGGGAGCAGUCCCCCACAAGCAUAACAUGAGGGCUAUGCUAAGGGUAUUAGAACUCUACAGGGAGCAUAGAUACAAUGCUCCCUGCAUGGUCUGCCCUUCAUGGGCCGUCCUACCUUUCCCACCCGCUUUUUAGGAUGUCAAAGGUGAGAGUUUUGUAUUAAGUGGGCCAAUUCACAGAAACAGUUACAGGGUAUUUUAAUAAAAUUAGGAUUCAAAUUUCAGGCCAAGGUAGCUGAGAUUGAAAACUUCUCCCAGUCAGCUAUGCAUUCAGAUCGGCUACUUUGACCUUUAAAUCUGAAAUUAAUUUAGAAUUCCUAACAAAUCUCACUUUAGUAAAUAACUCAUUGCAUUGCAUAUCGCCAGGGUUAUUCACUAAUGUAAAAACUGCAUACCUUCUGACAUUUCAAAUGGACAGAGGGACACUAUAACUUUAGGGAUGUGAGAGGAGGUGUAGCCAGGGACGAGGCUGUUCUGAGAAAUUUUAGACGACUCAUCAAUAAAUAUGCUUGCAACUGAAAUGUAAUUUAGAACAAGAACAAUGUAUCUUAUUUACACAGACUGAUUUCUAAACACAUUUAUUGUAAUUUAAAGACACAUUGCUGUGAGCUUCAUUGCUCUGGAGCUCUGUUACACACUUAGACACACCAACAAUAGCUCCUACAAAAGAGGGAUUUGAAUUCCAUAUAGGGACUGUCCCUCCUAAAUAAGGACACUUGGGAGGUAUGGAAUUGUCCUUAAAUUUGAAAUUCACUUUCAAACCCAACAAAGUAGCCAAAUUGGCAGCAUAUUUUUUUUGUUUGGUUGUUUUGCCCUUAAAUUUGAAAUUCUCUUUGAGUUUAUUUUGAAUUCUUAAAAAUUCUCACUUUAGUGAUAAACUCUGUCUAUAUUAGUUACAAACAUAUUUCUAAGGGAAGCUACAGCUAUGUGGGUUGGAAAAUUAAGAAUGACAUUUCUGAGCUGCAGUGAAAGGAUAGCAGCAGCAGAAUGGAAUAAAAGUAAGAUUGUACUAUGUUUAGAGGGGUAAGGGGGGGCCACGGGGCCAGAUGGUGUUUUAAACAUUAUAGGGUCAGGAAUACAUGUUUGAGUUUCUGACCCUAUAGUGUUCCUUUAAGAAUAAUGCAGAUGCAGUGUUUAUCUGGAUGUAAACAGCAGUAGUUAACACAAACACACUCACUGCAGGAGCAGUGACCAGAUAGCAUUUGGCUGGAUGUGUAUGAUGGGUGUUGAAUGCAUUAGAAUACUUCAGUAGCCAUGGAUUUUUGUCACUGGAAUUUAUUCACUAUGUACAAUGUAGGGGUUUUGCCAGCUGUCGGGCGCUCAAUUUCUGUGCUUUUGGCCUUCAGAAUCUAAUUUUGGACAGAAUUGAGAUUAGCCAGCCCAAAAAUGUGUUAUGGGCUGGCUAAUUAUGCUGCAGAAGGUGGAAUUAUACCUCUGACAGUUAAGGGCACUUACAGACUCCAGGCACCAUUACCACUUCAAAUCAAUUAAGUGGUAGUGCUUGGAGUAACUCUUUACCAUCAUUUUCACCUACAUUUUCACAAUUGUUUCACACAUUAUUAAAUGUAAAUAAUGUUUUGGCAUUUAGAGUAUAUAUUUUUUUCUUUCAGAUGGUACCAGCCAUUUCUACUGUGCCCUGGUUCGCCAUAAUGCUGCCCUUGCUUUUCCUCCUGAUUAUACGAGGAAUCAAAGACCUCAUUGAUGAUAUAGUGAGUGUGCCCAUUUCCUUAAACAGUAUACACUAUAGAACCUAAUAGGUGUCCAUAACAUAGCAUCUGAUAAGUCCUCUGCUUUGUCAAACCGAUGUGCAGAAAGGUAGAGGAGAUCUUCCUGGUUGAUACCUUGACUGAAUCUAGUAGCCCAUACCUAUUUAUUGUCUCGUUGCCAUAGACAGGGGACCACAUAUGUGCCAGCUAACUGUAGUCAAUGUGUGCAAAUGCAGAACACCUGAGAAGAUGAAACUGUGCACCCCCUCCCUCCCUUCCAAAAUAUACAAUCUCCUACGAGAUUGAAUAAUAAAUCAAGAUUAUUGAGGAUUCACAUGAUAGAUAUUAUUCACUAAACUAAGAAUUGUGGACAACUGAGAAGGGGAUGCUUUUGGGCCAAAAAAACACAGCAUGAAAAAAAGCUCAACUGGAUUUUUUUUUUCUAAAAUAGAUACAUUGUCCUAAAAAAUUAAUAUUUAAUAAUUACCUAAUCAAUUCUCCAUAGUUCCACAUGUAGUAAAAAAAACAAAGCAAAACAACAUGUCCGUAUAUUAAUAUGGAGCACCUGUAUUACCUGUUGCAAUAAUUGGCACUUGGUUACGUCUUACAGUCACGAAGCAAGAGCGACAAAGCUAUAAACAACAGGCCAUGCGAUAUUCUCAAAGGACAAAGGUAAGGAAAACUGUCGGGAAAACAGAUGGUGUUUUCUAGAUUCCUUACUGGAUUUAGUGUGGUUUAAGAAGGUUACAUUUACUCAAUGAAUGUCAGCAUCAACAGAUUUAUCUCAGCUUUUGAAAUUAUCUUUAAUACCAAAGCAUACCAGAGCGGAAGCAGUUGACACAUAAUAAAUCUUUAAUAAAUACCAAUUAUGUGUCAUAUCUUUUUUUAUUCUCUGUUUAAUAAAAUUAUUUUUAAAUAAAAUUACUUUAAGUUUAAAUAUGAAGAAAGAAUAAUCUUUAUUUACAGCAAACACACUUUACUGUGUAUCUACCAACACACAUUUAUGUAUUAAAUUUUAUAGUGCUUACACUAAACUAAAAAAAUCAUGCGGUAGUGCCCUCUGUAAACCUUCUCAGUGUGCACAUAUAAUUCACAACAUGCUCAUUGAAGUGGUCUGGGUGAAGUGUCCCAGGUCCCUUAAAGCUGCAAUGGUAAUUAUUGCAGUAUUUGAUAAACUGCACUUAUUGCUUUGGAGGGUUAACUCCCCCUCUAGUGGCUGUCUAUCAGACACACACAAGCUCACUAUACAUAAGCUCACUGACACACAAGCACAAGCUCACUACACACAAGCUCACUGACGCACAAGCUCACUGACGCACACAAGCUCACUACACACAAGCUCACUGACACAUACACAAGCUCUCUACACACAAGUUCACUGACACACUCACAAGCUCACUGACACAUACAGAAGCUCACUACACACAAGCUCACUGACACACACACACACACACACAAACUCACUAAACACAAGGUCACUAGCACACAGCACACUAGCACACAUAUGCUCGCUGUCACCCACCCCUUGCUGUACAUGGAGAGCUGGAAGUUGCCCUAUACAUGUCUCCCAGACUGUUUCUGUCAGCAUGGCCAGCUGGUUGAAGCUAGGGGCUGGGCUUAGGUGUUGUUGGCUAUGGCCCCUGCAGCUUGUGCUGCACUUGGGAGAAGCUGACAGGGGGCCUUAGGGUUUUAACCCCAUGUGUUUUGUGUUUAAAUAUGUAGCUUGUCAAAUGUAUUAUUAUAUAUAAGUUAUUUUUUUUAAUUUUUUUUUUUACAUGUUUUCUACUUUUCCUUAUGUGUAGCAGUCAAGUUGGCAAAACAUGACAAGGCAUGGAGCUUAGCCAAAGUUCGGGUUCAGCUGCCAAUCAGAUGUGCCCACAAUCCAUCAGUAAAUUCAAUCCCACCAAAAGGGCAAAUAGCAGACAUUAUGGAGAACAAAAUGGAGGCAUCUAGAUAUUGAUGUCACAUUAGGUCAAAUGAAUAGCAGAGGACAAAAUGGAGGCACAUAGAUCUAGCACAAGGAAGAAAAGAUAGUAAAUUUGCAUGAAGGCAAGUGGCAAGGAGAGAGAGUAUAAUCAUUAUAAUACAGUAGCCAUAAGAAAAACUAAAAAACACAACAUUUCCGCUUUAAUAUAAUCCAAAAUUAAAAUUUACACUUGCCCAAAGUCUGACUGGGGGAUGUGAGGCUUCUUGCAGCUGUAAUGAAUGCCUCUAUAUGGCUCUCAUUCAGCUCCCUUCAUUUCCAGGAGUUAUUCAGUGAGUAGGUGUAUACACUGUACUACACUAUUUCCUGCCUACCUCACACAUACAUUGCAAUCAUUCCACUGUAUCGUUGAAUAAACACUGUACCAUUCUCUUAUCACAAGCUUCUGCGCAGAGAAGUGGAAGGACAUACAGGUUGGUGAUAUCGUUCGAUUACAAAAGGAUGAUUUUGUGCCUGUGAGUAUGUCAAAUUUUGCAUUGUAUUAUGCAUUGCCAAUGUAUUUGUUUAGCCAAAGGCUAAUUUUAGGGGGUGAUCAUUUAACAGUUGUACAUGGAUGCUGAGAGUCACUAUGCACCCCCAAAUUCAUUUAGUGCACCUCCAUUUGUUUUAACUUACAGGCCAUGGCUAUGGGUCUCUAGCACAGGGGUGUCCUAAAGGUUGCUCCACAGAUGUUUUAAAACUACAGCUCCCAUGAUGCAUUGCAAUUAUAAAGGCAUUGCAAAGGCAUGCAAAGCAUCAUUGCAGUUGUAGUUCUACAACAUCUGGGGAUCUACCUUUUGGGCACCCCGGCUCUAGUGUAAGGGCCAGGUCAUGACCUGUUGCUGCUCUUUAGCUAUUAUUUCUUACAGGUUGGAAAAGUAACAAUGUCUCUCAAAACCAGACUGCAUUGUAGUUCUCUGGAACAGCUCCAUGACUCCCAUUAUGCAAGUUUAGCACCUUAGAAAGAUGUGAUAUCAAAUCAUCUAAUCCUUAGAAGGAAACCAUCAGGUUGUUAGAGUGUCCCUCUAGACACUGAAGAAGCUGCCCCAACUGCAAACAUGUCAAGUAUGAAGCACAGGCAGGAAGGGUCAGAUGAGGGGCAAGGGCUAGUUGCCAACUGCAUCACUGACUUGCCUCCACACCCCUUUCAUUCCCGUCACUACUGGUUUAUACCUAGGUUUUCUGAAUCAGUCAUGCAGUCAAAGUGUAAAGGAAUACUGCAGGCACCAAAACAAGUUUAGCUUAAUUAAGCCAUUUUGGUGCAUAGAGUAUGCCCCUGCAGUCUCACUGCUCAAUUAUCUGGAGUUAAAUCACUUUGUUUAUGCAGCCAUAGUCGCACCUUCCUGCAUGUGACUUACUCAGACUUCCUAAACACUUCCUGUUAAGAGAGAUCUAAUGUUUACACUUCCUUUAUUGCACAUUCUGUUCAAUUUGGAAUUUCAUAUCUCCUGCUUUAUUAAUAGCCUUUCAGACCCUGCAGGAGUCUCCUAUGUGUGAUUAAAGUUCAAUUUACACGACAAGAGAUAAACAGCAUAUGGUUUGAUGCCCAUAGCAUCCCUUUAAGAUUAGUACAAUUUAAUAUUUCAGAAAACAGAACAGAUCCUAGAACAGGAUAUUUAGCAACUAUACCAUAACUAUAAAGGUAGAAAGGAAGAGCGUAAAUGGAUUAAUACAGAACUGUCUAAAUUUCGGGGGUUCUGUCCCAAAUUUAUUCCCUGGUGUCUAAAAUCAGGGCAGUGUCAGCGUAUCAUUAGAUGUGCUCAAGCUGCUCUUAGUAACCUCAAGGAACUAAGAGCAUGGGCAACACCCCUGAGGAGCACACUGUGCAUGAUCUGCCCUGGCUUGGGCUGACCAGAGCACCUGUCUGUCAGUCUACCUUGCACCAUGGCAAGCUUACAAACCUCCCUAUUAGUUUUGGGAAAAGCCCACACAUUGAUGCCCUUUUUUGACAUCACCCUGCUGCCCAUCCCGUUUACAUACCUCCCAUUGUUGGGAGGGAUGACACAGUUCUAACAGAAUACUUUAUGGAAUACUGAGAUACUAAUUUAUUUUUAUUUUUAUAUUUUUGCUUUUUGUUUUUGAUUUGAUCAGGCAGACCUACUUCUGCUCUACAGUUUGGAACCUAACAGUCUGUGCUAUGUGGAAACAGCAGACAUAGAUGGGUAAGAAUGUGUUUAUUUAGAAUUGUGUUUAGAAUCUAUCAUUUCCAGUAUCCACUGUGCCAUUAUUUCAAAUAUUUAAAUAGACAAAGGAGGCAUAGCUUGGAACAUGGUUUCACUGACCAUUCUUAUGUUACAUAAUUAGCUACUAAUACUAAUACUAUACACACUACCUUACAUGAAAUGAAAGACCAAAAAAUGAUCUAUACAUUGUGCUAGCAGAAUUGAUUUGUUUAAAAAAAAAAAAAAACUUUAUAAAGAUUUCCCCCUUCCCUUGUCUGUAAUGCAGUUCUCAGCUUAGAGUUUAGUACAAACAACAUAGACCUCUAUAACACUGAUUGAUUGAUUGAUGGGAGAACAGGAGAACCCUUCUAUUGAGUGGUGUUCUGGCUUUCUAUGACGGUAACUACAGCAUAUGCGAAGAGUUUGGGAAUGGGAUGACAGAUGUGACUCAGAUAUGAUGCUGACGGGCCAGAGAUUCACUUUAAUCAUACCUCUUAGUACACUUCAAAUAUUAUAUAAACAACCAAAUUCCUGACUGGAGGUGAUCAGUGGAGACUGGUUCAUAGGGGCUGGUGGAGUAACCCCCUAUCUUUCCACUGUUUGUUGCAGAAACAAAACCCUCGAAUCCAUUGUCAUGAUAGGGAUUAAUGAUAUGUGUGUGUUGAGUAGAACAUGUUGUAUCUACAGUUUCCAUCUCCAACCCUUUUUUUAUUGGCAAGAAAUGCUGCUGGGUGGGUGAACAACUAAUCAUGUAAAGAUUUUUUUGGGAAAAUCCCAUUUUCUGUGUAUAGAUAUCUAAGAAUAUUCUUUACAUUGGCUAUCUGAUCCAGGAUGCUCUUAGAGAGCAGGAAUCCAUGAUGUCCUGUCUUCUAAGGCAAUCAUUGGGCAACACCAUCUAGUGGGUGGAGUUGGACCUCUUUAAAGUGGUUGUUGUUUACCAUAUACGUGUAUCUAUAGGUUUGUGACUUUGGAUAGGGCACGAUGUCUCAUUAGGUCAAAGGUAGAGUACGUGGGGUUAAGUGGGCAGAGUCCAACAAGUCAUAGGGGGCAAAACCCAACCAUCUAUAAAAUUCAUCAGUCGUCACUGCUGGAAAUGUUCCCAUCUGUAAGUUACUUGCAGUAGGUUAGAUAAAAACAUAAUAAUCUGAUAUUGUCAGUGUAACAGCUAAAAAUCCAUGAGCAAUUGUAAGACGCUCUGGAAGAAAUAAAUGGAGAAAAUAAAAACUUUUCCUUUGGUGUGUUAGCGCUAGAAGGGCUGUAAAGACUGGCUGACAUAUUUGUUACAAAUAUCCCUCUGGUUUUCUAGCAGGGAGAAGGUGAAUGUGCUCUAUGCACACUUUGCUUUACUUUAAACUUUACUUUAAAGUUUGUCAGUUUUAGCUCAACUUGCAGAUCUUCUGCACAAUUAUUGCCAUACUGCCUAUUCUGCAAUCCACACCGCUCAUUCCAUCAUAGGUCUUGGCUUCUUUAGAACCCAUGAAAAACCUUUACGAAAAACAAAGGGACAAACUCAGGCAGGAUUGUCUUUCCCUGUCACCUGGAAAAGUGCUAUUUUAUAUGCGUAUUGUCUAAUUUUUGUGUUUUUAUUACAGAGAGACAAACCUCAAGUUUAAACAAGCCUUGAUGAUCACCCACAAGCUACUCAGUACAACUGAAUCAAUGGCAGCUUUUAAUGGUACUUUGUACUUUUUGUUAUUCAACUCCUCAUUUAUAGCGAUCUUUAGAUUUCACCGGAAAAUUUGUUUGCCAAUAGAUAUUUAGAUAAUUCACCAUUAAAAUUGAGUCCCCUCCUGUCGGUUAGACUAUCGGCACAGAAUCUAUGCUGAUGUAUGUUAGCAAGAGAGCACACCUAGAGGAAAGAGAAGAGCGGUUAGAUGAUUGAUGUAAUUCCGUUCAAAAGUUGAUGUGCUGGCAAUGAAACCGGCACAUCAGCGACAUAGUGAGGGGCUGUGCCAGGCUUUGAGAAGCAAGUCCAGGCUUCCCAAAGAGGGGCAGUGACAGAGAGCUGGUUUCAGCACAUGAAAGAGACAAAGAAAAUCAGAGAACAUUUUUUUUUUUUUUAAAGGGGCAUUACACAACAACAUAAAAUGACUUCUGCAAAGUUGUAAAUUCAAUGACAGGUUCACUUAAAUUUUUGUGGCGGAUUGAGGACAGGCAAGGAAGAACACAGUAACAGCACUAACACAGAGAAGUAGGUAUGUUAGAAAGCAGCCGCUGGCUGUAAUUUUCUAUUAAAAUUGUUAAUAUUUUCUUUUUUUUGAGUGGUCUAAAGUUGGAAACCAUAAACAGAUUCCUGCAUCCCCCACCCCUCCUCUUUCUCACACUUUUCUUGUUCCAGUCUAUGGGUAAAUGUGGGACUCAUGUCAUUCAUAUCAUGAAAUUAUAAAAUAGCUGUGCAAAAUACUGAAAAAAGCAUUGUCAGGUUUUAGAACAUAUGGGAACAUUAAUCAGAUGACACAGCAAUAGAUCCCUCACAGGUGGAGUUAAGAUAUAUUUUUAAUUGUUGAGUUACAACAGGGGCUUAUUCACUAAACUCCAAAUUGUAGUUAGUAAAACAAAAUACAGGUAGCGCCAAAGAGAACAAGCAGGAUAAGAGAUCUAAACGAAUCUCUAAAAACACAAUAAAAAAUAGUCCUUGAUAUAGUCCAACAAUAAAAUAAUAAAAAAUAUCAGGUGGUAAGACGCAGUCUUAAAAGUAGUAAUAUUCCAUCCUCCAAUUUUCAUAAAGUGCUUGUGGGGGCAACUUCCGCCAUUAGCAGCAUAUGAAAAAGAACAAAAACAGAGGGAGACCAAUAGUGCAAUAUAGUAGUGUAAUAGAUAACACACAAAACAAAGGUCUAAAAAUGCCAACUCACUUCUGGUAGAGCUAUAACCAGCUCUGGAUAAAACAGCAUGUAGUGGUAUUAUAUCCCCACUUGAAGGAUAUUCUUCAGGCAAUGGUUCACAGUAGAAUGAUAGAAUGAUGAUGGAGUAGAACAUAUGAAAUGACAAAAAGAAGGCCAAUAGUGCUCUCUAUUAUGGUAAGUAUAAAACGCAAAUAGUAGAAAUAUACUCACAGUUGAUGGAGCAGACUAACUGCUCUCCGUAUCCGGCGUGGGGGGUACAAUCCUCACCUAGGAUUCUUUAUAUAAUUGUCUGUAGGGGGUAUCUGUAUGGGUAAAACCACAGGUAAAAGGAUUCAGAGUGGAUUCCUUCAACUUUAACCAGGCAAUUUAUUUGGACGAACCAGCUCAAAUUAUUUUUUUGCAGAGGUUUACUAGUUAUGGUGGUCGGAGGCCCCUGGCUACACUCCAUUGUUAGGAAUCAAACUGUUCUUGAAUGGUUUGACUUUAAGCUGGUUGCCCCAUUGCUUUUGUUUGCUUUGUAUCCAAAUUGUAGUUAAUUAAAAUCUGAACGGCAAAAUGUAGGUUAAAAUAAAAAAGCUGUGAUAAAGUUGGAAUUUUUUUCCCAGAUGAGUUUUUUCUUACAUUUUGCCGUUCAGAUUUUAAUUUACUGAAAUUUAUUUUAAUUCGGAAUUUAGUGCAUAUUCCCUGAAAAUUGACAUAGUAAAUACGAAAUUCCACUUAGCUUUUUGUACCUAUAAACCAUUGUUUAUAGUGUUUGCACAAUGGAGUGAAUGUUGCUUUACAACAGUAAAGUAUGUUUGUUAUAUUAUCAUGUUUUAGGUAAAGUAACCUGUGAGGAGGCCAACAGCAACCUGCACAUUUUCACCGGAACAUUGGAGUGGAAUGCUGAAAAGUAUUCUUUGGACAAUGAGCAUAUUUUGCUACGAGGUUGUAGAAUACGGAAUACUGAGACCUGCUAUGGAUUGGUCAUUUAUGCAGGUAAUUGAAGCCACAUAACCAUAGAUGGACCAUAGAUUUAAUUCAAUUCCCUUCCCACCUAUUAUAAGUUUAAUUAAAAAUACAUAAAAAUCUCAUUCCCACCUCCCCAAAAUAUCCAUGAAAUGUUGCGUUUUAUGUGUCAGUAUGGCAGAUAAAAGUUCCUACUUAAAGGGAUCCUAUAGUGCCAGGCAAAUAAAGCAGUUUUCCUGGCAUUAUAGGUUUAAUAGGCCCCCCACCUUCCACCCCCCUUCCGCGGGGCUGAAGGGGUUAAAAUCCCUUCAGCCACUUACCUGAAUCCAGCGCCGAUGUCCCUCGGCGCUGGGUCAGGCUCUGCCAAGGCUCCUCCCCUGCCACCAUCAGUCAGUGAGGGAGACCUAAUGCGCAUGCGCGACAAUGGCUGUGCGUAGAUUAGACCUUCCCAUUGGAAAGCAUUAUUCAAUGCUUUCCUAUGGGGAAAAUCUGAUGCUGGAGGUCCUCAUGCAUAGCGUGAGGACAUCCAGCUUCAGAUAAUGGACCAAAGGUGCGUUUGGAUUCCGGAUUCUGGUGGAAAGCCACAGAGGGCAGACUUAGAGCUGCAAUGUAAACAGUACAGUUUGUAUUUGUGCAUUGUAGGCUUGAGAUAGACAAUACCAAACAGGGGUCAAUACUGACUAGAAACAUAGAAUGUGACGGCAGAUAAGAACCAUUCGGUCCAUCUAGUUUGCCCAAUUUUCUAAAUACUUUCAUUAGUCCCUGGCCUUAUCAUAUAGUUAGGAUAGCCUUAUGCCUAUCCGACGCAUGCUUAAACUCCUUUACUGUGUUAACCUCUACCACUUCAGCUGGAAGGCUAUUCCAUGCAUCCACUACCCUCUCAGUAAAGUAAUACUUCCUGAUAUUAUUUUUAAACCUUUGUCCCUCUAAUUUAAGACUAUGUCCUCUUGUUGUGGUAAUUUUUCUUCUUUUAAAUAUAGUCUCCUCCUUUACUGUGUUGAUUCCCUUUAUGUAUUUAAAUGUUUCUAUCAUAUCCCCCCUGUCUUGUCUUUCCUCCAAGCUAUACAUGGUAAGAUCCUUUAACCUUUCCUGGUAAGUUUUAUCCCGCAAUCCAUGAACCAGUUUAGUAGCCCUUCUCUGAACCCUCUCUAAGGUAUCAAUAUCCUUCUAAAUGAACGGUCUCCAGUACUGUGUAAAAUACUCCAAGUGAGGUCUCACCAGUGUUCUGUACAAUGGCAUGAGCACUUCCCUCUUUCUACUGCUAAUACUUCUCCCUAUACAACCAAGCAUUCUGCUAGCAUUUCCUGCUGCUCAUUACAUUGUCUGCCUACCUUUAAGUCAUUAGCCUACCUUUAAGUCAUCAUGCUACAUGCUCAUUUUUAAACUUAAAGGGUUGCUCCAACAGUGAAGGCUACAUUCUAAUUUUCUUGGUAACUACUCACUAUAGAAUUUAUUCCCUGUUUUGUAGUUUUUGUUUUUGAUGCUUUUACAGACAAUUAAUAAAAUGGAAAAUAAAUAAAAGAUACUCACUUUUAUAUUUCCUAUGUAUGUUUGCCUGCUGUCAUCUCUACAUAUCACACAAUGCUGUACAGGGAAUUGUUGUUGUUUUUUAAACUUCUGAUUGUAAUUAGAUUAAGGGGGCAGUCUAUUGCCCAAAUAAACAUAAAUCACUGUUUUGUAGCUGCACACCUAAUGAAAGCAUUUUCUCAUUGGGGUAUAUUUAAAAACAGCUUGCAAAAGGUGAAGAUCUCAUCUGCUGCCUUUGCAAUCCCUCCCAUUCUAACUCCGCCCAGACUUUCUCUGGCUGUCCAAUCACAGACUUCCCAAUGCAGCUCAAUAAGAAGUUAUUGUAAGGUGCUCUAUGCGAUUGCUGUCUCUUGUGUUUAGUUCCACUGAGCUAACCAAACCAGGAAGUAACAGGACUGAUUGACAGCCAGGGUGCUGUAAUAAGAUUCAUUUAUAAAAGUGCCAGUUUCUAUUUAAAUCUGCACUUUUGUAAUAUGAAAUAAGAGGACACACUCUUCACACAUAAAACAUUUGCAAGCUUAAGUGAUUUAGGGAUUUGGAUUGUCCCUUUAAUUUAGAAAUCACUUGAUUUUAAGCUAUUUGUGAAAACUCUUCUUUUUUUGAGAUGGCAGACUUAGAUUUAACACCUCAUGAGUGAAAAUCACAAAAGGAGACAUUGUUGCGAGUGAUUAAAAGUGAUAGCUUAGUUGUUACCAGCUUGUAUGUAGUUUCAUUUGUGGUGUAUUAUUUUAGUACGUUUUUUGGCAACCUUGUUAGUCAAGCGUAGAAUUGUUGUUAUUUAAACUUAAUUUUGACCCAAAUAAGAAUCUUCUAAUUUUUCAUUUUUCAACAGGAAUUGAUUCCAAAAUCAUGAGGAAUUGUGGCAAGGUCCCAGUGAAGAAGACAAACUUGGAUAUGAUGAUGAACAAACUUGUAAUUAUUGUGAGUAUGAGUCAAAGCGACAAUUAAAGUUCCUUAGGCUAGACCUUGCAAAAUGACAAAACAUCCCAUUUCAGGAAUGUAAGCUUGUUUUCAAAAAUAUUCUGGAAAUGCUCUGUGAAUUAAUCUAUAUCAAUUGUACAUGUAAGAAAUCAUUUAUUUCUUCUGAAAACAACAAAAACUCCAUAUUAAGGUGAAAUGUGAAAUUUUUUACAUGUUUGACAAUUAAUAAUUUAAAUUAAAAUAAUUAUGUAAAUAAUGUUUCCACUUGCUUUUACAUAACUUUUUUUCUUAUAUGUUAUUACCUUAUUUCAGGUAUUUGUGAUUCUGAUUUUUUGCUGUCUAUCACUGGCCAUUACUUCAGGGUUUUGGGCCAAAUGGUUCAUGGAACAUCACAGCUAUAUUCCUCCUCUAUCAAAUAAUGCCAGUCCAGCGUACAGCGCAUUCCUUACCUUCUGGGGAUAUGUUAUACUGAUGAGCACCAUUGUGCCAAUGUCUAUGUAUAUAACGUACGUACAGAGUCCAAAAUUAUGUAAGAUUGUAAUCGAAUUGAGCUUAAAAGAUUUGAUCCAAUUUCAAAAUGUCAAUUUAAAAAUGGUUUGAGAUAUUAGAGAAGCCGUAUAACUGCACCACACUCAUAGGACCUCAUUGCUUGCUGUCAAAGGGUUACUCCAACCAAAAAAUAGUGUUUUCAUUAAACACUAUAUUUGGUUAGAAUACCCCUUCCUAGCAUGCCCCUCCCCCUCCUCAAAAAAGGGAGAAAGAACGUUAAAAAUUCUGUUCACAUGGAGCCCAAGUUCCUCUUGCAGCCCAAACUUCCUCGGGUGACCUUAGUCCCCCUCACUGCAGGGGAAGGGACGUUCCAGGAGGAGGGGCUUAGUUCAGGACUUGGGCAGCACAGAGGUGGUGGCACGUGCCCCCAUUGGUCAUCCAUUAGCAGCACACAUAGCAUAGCACAUAGACUCCCAAAAUCCACAAAAUUAAACAUCACCCAGCCUGGAAUGGGUGAUAAUUAAUAAUCAGUUAGCUUUUAGUGUUAGUUGAUAAUGGGCCUGGACCAAAAUAACCAUCAACAAUAGUACGGAGUAAGAUUCUGCAGUGACAUAAGUGAUAUAUUGUUGAAAAUUGUGUUUUAUGAGUGGUAAAGGAACUAGGUAACUCUAAAACAUAGAAUGUGUCAUUCAAAAAGUGUUAGUCCGUUUUGGAAAUAUUAUAUUUAUCUCUUGUUUUCAGACUUGAGUUUAUCCAUCUGGUUCAUAGUAUGUUUAUUGACUGGGAUUUGGAAAUGUAUUUUCCUGAAAACAACACGCCAGCAAAAGCUCGAUCUACAAGCCUUAGUGACCUGCUUGGACAAGUUGAAUACGUAUUCUCCGACAAGACUGGAACGUUGACUCGGAACGUUAUGGCAUUUAAAAAAUGCUGCAUCAAAACACAAAUCUACGGUAGUUCAUAGUAACUAUUUUAUUGUUAUGAGAACGAAAUCUGGGAAAGACAUAUCUGGGAAAAGUAAUAAGCAUCAACUUUUUAAUUUAUAUUGUUAGUUUAAUGAUUUAUUAUCAAACCAUUCAUAACAGCCCCAGCAUUGACAAUACUGGUUUAAUACUUUUGCAAUACCAGUGUUAAUUUAGUCCAACCUGGACCGGACGACAAUGUUCGUCUGACAAAAUCUCAGCCUCAUUUGCAUAGAAUCAGUGUGCGCUAUUGUUUUGUGUCUCGGAAAGGAGAGCAGAGCAGUUAUACAAAGAGACAGAAUGGUUGAAGGUACAAAGAACAGUUCUAAUAAUUUUCAAGGUGUAGAUUCUACACAAUUAUUUACAAUUUCUCAAAGUUUUCAUUAGUAUAUAGUUUUUCCUUUCUUUCUUUCUUUCUUUCUUUCUUUCUUCCCUCCCUUCUAUCCUUCCUCCUUCCCCUUCCUUCUGCUUCCUUUCUUUCUUUCUUUCGCUCUUUUGUUCAUUCCUUCCCUUUCCUUUCCCUUCCAUUCCUUUCUUUCAUUCCUUUCAUUCUUUCCUUUCCCUUCCAUUCCUUUCUUUCUUUCAUUCGUUCGUUCAUUCAUUCCUUUCAUUAUUUCCUUCCCUUUCCUUUCCCUUCCCUUCCUUUCUUUAUUUUGUUCUUUCUUUCUUUCCUUUCUUUCUUUCUUUCUUUCUUUCCAUUCUUCUCUCCCUCCCUCCCUUUCUUCUCUACCACCAUCGCUCCCUCUAUUUCCCUUCCUUCUCUCCCUCUCCUUCCUCUUUUUCCUCCCUCUCUCUCUCUCUCUCUUUCUUUCCUUUAAUUACUUAAUUUAUUAAUGUCUUUCCAUCAUUUCUUCCCUCCUUCAUUAGUUCCUUCAUUCCCUCCCUCCCUUCCUUUCCUUUCUUUUCCUUUCAUCAUUUCCUUCCUUUCCUUUCCCUUCCUUUCCUUUCCCUUCCUUUCCCUUCCCUUCCUUUCCCUUCAUUUCCCUUCCUUAAUUCAGUGCUUCUCCCUAACUCCAUAAUGAUAUUAUUAUUAUUAUUAUUUUAUUAUUUAUAUAGCGCCAACAAAUUCCGUAGCGCUGUACAAUGGGUGGACUAACAGACACAUAAGAUGAUAUGCUGGAAAGUGUGACACAGUGUGAUUCUUUGUCCAACUCGUCUCACAUGGUUUGAAUUAAGAGCAGUAGAUGCCAAAAGCAUCAGCUACCCAUAAUGUUUAAUCAUAUAUUAGAAUAAAGCAAUUCAUACAUCAUUCAGAAUUUUGACCUUGUGAUUUAAGAUAUCUCCAGAACCUCUCAAUGAAAUUUUUCACCAUAAUACGUGCUUUACCGUUCCAUAUCCUGUAUAUAAUUGCCUUCAUUAAUACAUGCCAGCAAUAAUCAAUAUAACUUUGUAAGUUAAUUACUAAUUUUAAAAUUAUAUUUCCAUGUAUGUGUUACAUUUUAUGUGUUCAUGCCAGUUCAGUUUAAUCUGUGUAAUACCUAUUGCAGUUCAUAAAUAAAUAUUCUUUUAUUUUGUAGGUACAAAUGUAGAAAAUGAGAAGAACAAUCAGGUAUGUAAUUUGUUUUUAUAAUCUCUGUAUGACAUGCAGUUUAAACUGUUUAAUGAUGUCAUGGAAAGUAAUGUGUAGCAUUUAGUUGAUUAAUUAUUGUACUGAAUGCAGUCACUGCCCCGUCUAGAAGUGCUGAUAAGAGUUGGUAUUUGCAUUUAGGACUCACUAAUAUAAAAUAUAUAAUAUCCCCAGUGGUGAGAGUUUAGUAAUACUGGAUAGUUUUGCUCCAUCCUUUAUCACCUGUGCCAUAUGUAAAGCUUGAAGAAACACUCCAGACACCAAAACUACUACAGUCCGCUGUAGUGGCUUUUGUGCCAGAAGGGCCAUUUUGGUAUUCCAAGACGUUCUCGAAUGGACGCACCAACAGAGUUCCUCCUUCUUCCUGGUGUGUUGUAGAUUCAGCCGAGUUAGAUGGAGGCUAAAGCAGGGGUGUGUAUAUUACCAGAGAGAUUGAACAUGCCUAGUAUAUGAGUUGUGAACAAUAAAUUAUUGUUGAUUAAGAGACAGUAUUAUAACCAAGCUAUUACCAGGCAUAACAUCCCCAGUCCCCAUGUUGGUCAGGAGUUUUGGGCAAGUGCACCCUCGAUUCUUCUAGACAUUUAACAAGAUCACUAACCGGCCUCAUACUGGCAUCUUCCUACUUCUCCGAAAAAUAUCAUUUGUACUUCCUCACCAAAUUUUUGUUAAUUUAUUUUUUACAUAUUAGGGGACCCCCUUCCCUUGCAAAGGCAGUAGGUUGAGGCAUCUGCAAGAAGCGGUGCUUCAUCUAAUUCUGAUAAGCGCAGUUGUAGGACACAUUUGGGGGAAAGAAUGAUCCUGUCCCAAAUUCUAUAUAUCUCACCUGUAGAAGUAAUAAAAUGUGUCUUGGAUGUUACUCCAGCAUGAACACAAAAAGGUAUGAACCGUCCCGAACUGUUCCUAAAUGAGUUAAAAAGAAUUCUGUUACAUUUUCACUGUCGAGCAGUUCUCAUAUAUUAAUGUAUAUAGGUUUUUUUUUUUUAUAAUUUCGAACUUUUUUUUUUUAACACCAAAAACAUGGUAACAGUACACAAAGGAAGAAGAGAUCAUUUGUGAUGACACAAUAUGUCCCCUCUCUGUCCCCAUCCCAAAUCAAUUAAUUGUAGUAAUAGAGAGCUGUCAGAUGUGAGAUGUGUGUAAUCUCACAUUUUUAUACAUUGUUACCAUUUACUAAUUUACUGAUUUCUAUGCUGGUUACAUUGAAUCAAUAUUACCUCGUCAGUAUUUGUACGUUAUGUAGUAUUUGUAUAGACUUGAAAAUGUUAUGUCAAUAAACAAACUAUGUUGUAUUUUAUGUAUGUAGCAUUUUUAUACUGCACAAAAUUAAAAUUGUAUGUUGUACUUUAUCGUCUCAACUUUAGUUUGCUCUUUUUUAUACACAUUAUUUAUUAGUACUUUGCAGUUUAUUAUGUUUUGUUUACAUCAUAUGUAAUGGUUAUAGUGCCAGAAGUUGCCUAAUGUCCCCCCCAAAAUAAGAAGUCAAACCCCUUGCUAACAGUUUGACAACGUACGUCAGGCACCUGUCGCUUCCUCCCUUGUCUACUAACAUUGGGGGUGCUAGGGCACUCAUCGCACCAUAACAACUUCAGCAAGCUGUCAUGGUUACGGUGCUUGGAUCAUUCCUUGAUCAGACUGUAAUGCAAGUAUAGUCCAUCACUGGUCCUGUUUAAAAUAUGAACCUGUUUUCUAGUCAACACUGUUACGAGGAUAUUGGUUUAUUUUACGGAAUGGAGGAAACAAUGACUUCAAUAUUUUACAGGUGGUUGACUUCAAGUGGAAUAAAUAUGCAGAUAACAAGUUCUGUUUUUAUGAUGAAUCUCUAAUUGAAACGGUUCGCCAGAAUGAAGACGAGAUUUUGAGGGAAUUCUUUAGACUGCUUGCAAUAUGCCACACAGUGAUGGUAGACCGAAAUAAAGGUAAUGAUCGGAAAGCUACACUUUUUCUACAAUAUCUCAAAACAUUCCUUUAUGUUUGUGCAAUAGCAUCCUAUACCGAAAUCUCUUACUCAAUGUAUCUUCUUUUCUAUGAAAAGUAGUUAUUCUUUUAAAAGUUUAUAGAAACACUCCAAGCAUCAUAGCAACGAGCUGUAGUGGUUAUGGUGCCAGAAGUGCCCCCUACCCAUUGCAAGAAAUCAAACUGGCACCAGGUUAGAAGUUAAAACGUUAAACAGACACUUCUCCCCUCCUCCCCUACGCCUUGUGGAGAAUGGAAUGAUGCUCCUAAGCAGGAGCUGCCUUUGCCAUUCUGAGCUGUACUGUAUGGAUAAUUGUGGGACAAAAUAUUAAAAAUAGCACUGCUGGCCUUAGCUGAGACCGCAAAAAAUCAGUGCUUUUUUUUUAGUGGAAAAUUUUAAAAUAGUGAAAGCGGGGAGUAGCACCAUACAAACCCCCAGUAUGAAGCAGUUUAUUCUAAAACAGUUUAACUCAUUUCAAUUGGGGAGUGCCAGGCCACUCCUGGUACAAUACACAUUACAGUGCCACUACUGCAGUGGUUAUAGUGCGUGGAGUGUUGCUUUAAAGCAUUCACCCACCCCUUCAAUCCAUGCUUUAACAAGUAUGCAAUGGAUGGGAUAUUGAGCUAGUCUCUUUUUAAGCCUAUAAUCGCUAAAAUGAAAUCCAGUUUUUGUUUGUUAAAUGAAGGUAAAUGAAUGUAGCUCGCAUAUCGUUGUGAUUGAAAUGUCUAGAGAAGAGACCCACAUUAAAAUAGUUUUUUUAAUUUUUGUUAAUUUACCAUUUUUUAUAUAGGGAAAGAGCUUUGCAAAAUUACGCACUUAUGCCAAAAUGAUUACAGAGAAUAUAAUACAUACUUAGACAUACUGGUAAAAAAUUAAACUCCAUGCUUAUUAUUAUGAAUGUAUUAUUAUUAUUAUUAUUAAUUAUGAAUUCAUUUACAAGUUUAUUAACUAAUUGAUUAGUGAGCUUAUUAAAGGAAUACCCCAAGCACCAUAACCACUACAGCUCAUGUUAGUGGCUAUAGUACCAGGAGUGUACUGGUGACCCUCCCUCCCCCUAUUGUAAGAAGUCAAACUGUUGAAAAACAGUUUGACUUCUUACCUCAUGUCUUCCAUGCACCGGUACCCAUCUCAACUGCCAUCUCCAGAGAGCCAGGAGAUCUUAAAGGGACACUAUAGUCACCUGAACAACUACAGCUUAAUGUAAUUGUUCAGGUAUGAUCUAUAGCUCCCUGCAGGCAAUCUAAUGUAAACACUGUAUUUUCAGAGCAAAUACAGUGUUUACAUUGAUUGAUUGCAAUACCUCCAGUGGCCAUCACUCAGACGGCCACCAGAGGGACUUCCUAUCAUGUAGGGCCAUAAAAAGGCCUUGUACACGUCAGACGUAUUAAAAUGCGUCUGACGUGGGCAGGAGAGAGAAGGCACUGUGUGCGGUAGUGCUCAUGAAUGCUGCCCUCUGAAGUAUGUGCGCAUGUGCGGCAAAGCCGCGCAUGUGCACAAGGGAGCAAUGACGCUUCAAAAUGGAAGCGUCUGAUUGCUCCCUGCUCGCGCCCACCUAUUUCGUAAUUUUGACGAAAUAGGGGACGCGGCUUCACAAGGCUCCCGGCGCUGGAACCAGGUGAGUAAAAUGGCUGCCUGGAGAGUCCCUUUAAGUAGGAACUUCUGUUACCUCUCCUAAGCUAAGCCCUACAUUAAAGACAGCAGCUGACUCACCUAUGACUGUAACUGUACAAAGAAAGUAAUGGUCCACUAUGCAAGCGCGUGUGGCCUUCAUGCUUCUCCCAAUGCACAGAUCUUAAAGACCUAACAUUCAGAGAAAAGUUAACUAGAUCGUUCUAACAAUAUUGCUAGUGGUAAAUACAGAGUAUGACGAGUAGAUGUGUUCAAUAAAUGGGUAUGAAUGUAAUUUCUCCUUGUGUCCUUCAAGAUGAAUUAGUCUACCAAGCCGCAAGUCCUGAUGAAGAAGCAUUAGUAACAGCCGCCAGAAACUUUGGGUAUGUUUUUCUUUCUCGUACCCAAGAUAGCAUCACUACAAAUGAACUUGGAGUAGAGAGGACCUAUGAGGUACUGGCUCUUAUGGACUUCAAUAGUGUCCGCAAAAGGAUGUCCAUCUUAGGUAAGCUGCUUUGGAACCAGAUUACGGGUACAGUCCUUUGAUUACCAGUGAUACUGUUGUACACGUUGUAAAACCUGCUGGUACACCAACAAACAAUACUUUUCAUUUACAGUGAAAGACCCUGAAGGAAGGAUUAAGCUUUACACUAAAGGGGCAGAUGAUGUUAUUCUUGCACGCAUCCAUUCAGAUUGUACAGAUGGUGAAAUAACAGAGAAAGCACUGGAAGUAAGUCACAUAGUUACACAGGUUGAAAAGAGACAUGCGUCCAUCAAGUUCUGCCUAUCUCACAUUUCUUUUUGCUGUUGAUCCAAAAGAAGGCAAAAAACCCAGUCUGAACAACUUCCAAUUUUGCAACAAACUAGAAAAAAAAAUUCCUUCUUGACCCCAGAAUGGAAGUCAGAUUUAUCCUUGGACCGAGAAGCUAUUACCAUUAAUCAUGUAUUCUAGUGUUAAGGAUAAAAAAACUCUGAAAAGAAUAGGUGUGGUAACAAGUUGUAACACUGAUAGCAUACAACGCUAUCUAUGUGUUAUGACACUUCAUGCCAUUAUCAAGUUGGGUUGUUCAAAUUUUGUUAUUUUGCCUAUUCCACUUAUCCUUAGCCAUGCUAAAGAGAUCUAAAAUUUUGAGAAUUUACUUUAUUCAUUCAGGACUUUUUGUCACUUGUUUGACAUUUCACCGCAUCACAUGAAAUACCUAUAUAUUUAUAACUAUAGUCUAUAUCUGUAGUGCAUUCUCCUGUUAAAUCUUUUGUAUCAUUUAUAAUUUUUGUCCAGAUGUUUGGAAGGGAGACCCUCCGGACGUUGUGCAUUGCUUAUAAAGAAGUGGAUGUUUCGUUCUACACAAAAUGGAUUCAAAGAUAUCAUGAAGCGAGUGUGUCUUUGCAGAAUCGUGCAGAGUUUUUAGGGAUGGUUUAUGAAGAAAUUGAGACAGAUCUACAGGUAUUCAGAGUUCUUUUUUACUAUGUCACAAAAAUGUCACUGUGUUAUUUAAAAUAAAUGUAUGUGCUUUGUAUGUGGUUUUGUGCCCUCAUUCAAUUUUACUGCUUUGCAUGAAAAUAUUUUUUUAAGCUUCCUUAAUACUUUACACCUCUAGUAAUAGCUUGUGUUAGGCAGGGUACUUCCUGUUGUAUGUAUUAAACAGGAAAGAUAAAUGGGAGAGAAAUAUGGGAACAAUCGUAAAGGUCACAGUAGAUACUGACAUGAGGGUAAUGGGGAGGCAAGGUGUGACAGAGAAAAGAGGAGAUAAUGUGGAGACAAACAGGUGGGUGGUGUAAAGACUCAAGUGGUGGAGGAUGGUGAAAACAGAACAAACGGAGGUGGAGUAAUCCAAAAGUUACAAUAAAAAAAAAUAUAUACCCAUAUAAAUAAACCUCAAAUACACAUACACUUUGACACAGGUUUUAACUACACCCGUUGUUCACACACACUGAGACAGAUUUCUAAUACACUCGUCCUUUACACAUGCGUACACGCUACACACAUAUAACCCUGCUUCACAUUCACGCUGACACUCCUCACAAUUGCACUCCUAAAGUAACACACUGCUCAAAUGUUCUACUGUGUUCACAGGUAAUCCAUACAACCCUGUCCUCGAAUGCAUUCACAGACUGUCCACGCUAAUACACUUUGGCAUUCAUACACCAACACUUCCCUGUAUCUAUACACAUAGGCCUCUAUAAAAAAUACACCACAACAUUCACAAGUAGUCAAAACAAAACACUCUUACAAUCACAUCUACAUUCCAUACAGAUACACCCCUGCUUUCACACACAUCUGUUAUACUCUCUCGUAGAACACUGUGUUAACUCUCUGACACUACAUGCUAAUAAACCUAUGCCAGUACACAUCGUGUACUUUUAGAUUGACGCAGAGCGUGAGGACAUUCAGCGUCGUUUCACAGAGUCAAACUCUGUGAAACUCCAGGGAGCAUCUGUAGUGACUAUCUGGUAGAUAGCCAUUAGAAGCAGUCUUAGCACUGUAAUGUAAACAUUGCAGUUUUUGAGAACACUGCAAGACUAAGGGGGACAGGGACACGGCACUCAGACGACUUCGAUGAGUGUUUUGUGUGCCUAUAGUGUCCCUUAAAACUUGAAAUUCACUUUUAAUUCCCAUCAAUUUUAAUUUUAGUAAACUACCCUGCUAGUGCUUUUAUAAACUUAAUUUGCCAUAUUUCACAGGUAUUUACUGAAAACAUUACAUACCAUGUAUACAGCAUAAAUGCACAGAUAUGUUUAUUAUUAUAGUUCACAUAGUGUAGUGAGUGUUUGCAGUCUUUUCUAUUCCUCUUUACGGCUAGAUCUGUGAUUUUCCAGCCCUCAAAGCACACUAACAGUCCGGGCUUUGUCACUAUCCGCACGGGAACAAAAAUGGGAAUUGCAUUGGAAAAUGCACAAAUCCUGGACUGUUGUUGUUCCUUGGAAACUAUUGUGUUGGGAUCCAACUAAUCUAGGACCGGUUGGUGUAAUUUUUAUAUCAGCGGAUUGUAUGCUCUAUCGCCCAGCAUGGAAAGUAGGUGCUCUUCAGUGUUUAGCUUCCCCUAUUGAGAGUAGCCAACAUUUCAGCAGAUGCUAAUUUUCAGUCAUUACGUGUUGAGUUGUGUAGCAUGGAAAUAGCCAGUAUUUAGUCAUGUUAGUGACAACCAUUUUAGUGGUUAGCAACUUGUCGAUAAUUGAUUGUAACUAGCGUGGAAUGGAGCGCUUUUUGAGUGCACCUCGAUCUUUAGCAGGUAUACAGUGUGCAUCACUGUGUGUGUUGGUGUGCGUGUGCAUGUGCGCUCGUAUGUUCUGAUUUUUAAUAUUGUUUUGAUUUCUGACACUGGUAGAGAAACACACAUUGUGUAUAGUGUAUAGUGAUAAUCAGAUGUACUUGUUUACGUUGUGACUUGUUUCCCAGCUGCUAGGUGCAACAGCCAUUGAAGAUAAAUUACAAGAUCAUGUUCCAGAAACAAUACAACUGCUAAAAGAUGGAAAUAUAAAAGUGUGGGUGUUGACUGGGGACAAACAAGGUAAUUCUUAUAGAGUAGAGUGCAUUGCUGCACUGGACAAUUUUGGUUUUGUCAUGUCCCCUGCCCGACCUGCGUUCUUCCAGUGUCACCGCAUUUCAUUCCCCCCUCCCCCCUGUGUCAUUCCUAUGUCAGAACGCUAUAUCUGCUUACGUUUAUACCCAGACAAAGGCCCUUUGGUCGCGUACAUUUUGGUGCUGCCUAUAGGAAUGAUGCAGGUCCUAUUUAAGCUUAGUACACCUUUAGAACAUUGCCCUUUUGUGGUCUAUCACACUAAACAGCACAUCCAGAGUAUAUUAGCUUUUCUGGUUUUCACUCAUGGCAUUCCCUUUGACUAUGCUAUCCUAUGUAUCUCUGAUCUUAAAUUGUCCUACCAUAUUGCUGCCAUUCUGUUAGCCCUUGACCUCAACUUGUCUCUGACUAUUCUUGCCUUCUACAGGCCUAUCUCUAUCACUUUACUGUAAAGUGUUAAAGAGACACUAUAGUCACCAGAACAACUACAGCGUAUUGUAUUAGUUUUGGUGAGUAUAAUCAGUCUCUUCAGGCUUUUUACAGUAGAAACAGUUUUUCAGAGAAAGGGCAGUGUUUCAUUACAGCCUAGGGAUGCCUCCAUUGGCCAAUCUGGGCCAGUGCUGCUGACAUUUAGUGUCCCCACCCACUACAUGGAGACACUGAACUUUCAUCAUAGUCCUCAUGAAGAAAUGCUGAUUGGCCAGGGCUGUGUUUGCUUGUACCGAAUCUGACCCUCAUCUGUCUCUUUGAUGAGCUCAGCCAAUCCAAUGCUUUCCUAUGUGAACGCAUUGUGAUUGGCUUUUAAUAACACUUCUGAUGAUGUCAGCCAAGGAGGCAGAUCAGGGGCAGAGCCAGCAGCAGCAGACUGGAAUAAAGUUAAGAUUUUAAUACAUUUAGGGGGUAAGCGGGCUUCUAGUCUAGUUUUGAGGGUAGGGAUUAGAUCCAAAACCUGUCAAGUUCUUAAAUUAUAGUAGAACAUAUUGUAAAAGUCAAUAACAAUGAUGUUAAGAGACCAAUACAUUGGUAUUAGAAAUUCUAAAUUAGGGAAGCUAAAUAAAAUGUUGACAAUGUGAGUCACAGCUAAGGGAGGUGUGACUAGUGCUGCAUAAACAAUGUGAUUUAACUCCUAAAUGGCAGAGAAUUGAUCAGUGAAACUGGUGGGGCAUGAUCUAUAUACCAAAACUGCUUCAUUAAGGUCUUACGUUGUGUUGGUGAUUGGUGUCCCUUUAAUAUUUUAAAUUGUUUCCAUGAUUUUCUCAUAAUUAACAAAUAUGUAAUUUUUAUUCUGUAGAAACUGCAAUCAAUAUUGGUUUCUCAUGCAAGUUACUUUCUGAUGAUAUGGAGAUAUUGGACGAAAAACAGAUUUGGUAGGAAAAUGUAACUUAAAGUGUCAUGCAAAAAUUAUAUGGUAGCACUUUCUGUAUAGUAUGGUAGAAGAAUGUCCUAGAAAAAUGUUAAAAUUUAGCACUGAUUAUAAGGUACAUUUUAUUUCCUAUCUGAAUGAAAUGAGAAGCACAAAGUGUGGAGGCGUUAAAUGUAGGUCCUGCAAAAUUAGCUGGACCUUUUCCAGGAAGUUCCUCGAGUGGACUUAUGGAGCAGUGUAAACACUGCCUUUUCUCAGAAUAAGCAAAGUUUACACUGCUGACCCUGUAGGGACAAACUGUAUGCCCCAGAACCACUACAUUAAGCUGUAGUGACUCUGGUGACUGUAGAGUAUAAGGAUAUAUUAAUAUUUUUCCUCACAUUUUUCUUUUAAUUUGAUAGUUGGUGCUGUGCUUCUAUACAUCAGCAAAACUAAGUCAUAUUGUUUUGUUGUUGUUAGAUCCAGUUUUUUUGUUUUGUUUUUUUAAAUGUGGGAACAUGCACCACAAUAUUUAUGUAGGGACACGGUGAUAAGGCUUUAGUAGAACUGUGUAGUAUAGAAUUAAUUUUACCAUCUGGUAACAAAUCGGAAAGCUAUUUCCUUGAUUUUCCUCUUAUCUUGUGAAAAGUUUUGUCAAAUACAGCCAAAUAAGAAACAUUCCCCAACUGCACUCUUUUCCCAACUAUUUUGGUUUAAAUGUUCAGUUCCCUAAUCAAUAUCCAUUAUUAUUUGUUUGGUGAAUAACAUUAAAAAUGUUUCCUCUUACAAAAGGCUAGCCUGUAAAUCAAGUCCUGUCAAUUGUCCAUAUUUGAUUCUUGAAAAGCAACAGAUAACAUAAUAGUCAAAUUUCAGAGAAAAAGCAGUGUUUACAUUACAGCCUAUGGAUACCUCCACUAGCCACUCCUCAAGUGGCUACUAGAGGUGCUUCCUGGGGCAGUGCUACACACUGUAUAGUACUGCCAUUCAGUUUCUCCACCCUCUGCAUGCAGACACUGAACUUUUCUCAUAGAGAUGCAUUGAUUCAAUUUGAGGAGAUGCUGAUUGGCCAGGGCUGUGUUUGGCUUGUUAUUGCUCUGCCCCUGAUCUGCAUCCUUGACAGUCUCAACCAAUCCUGUGGGGAUGCAUUGUGAUUGGUUUAGAGAAUCACUUCUGAUGAUGUCAGCCAAGCAGGCAGAUCAGGGGCAGAGGCAGUAGCUGCAGACUCGAAUAAAAAUAAGAUUUUACUAUAUUUAGAGGGGGAAGGGGUGGCUAGAUGGUGGAUGGUGGUUUUAACACUUUAGGUCAGGAAUACAUGUAAAUAGUGUUUCUUUAAUCAUGUUCCUUAAGAUAGCCAUCAACUGAAAUAUAUGUAGUCCUUGUUCAAGUCUGUGUUUGGACAUGAGUGGUAUUGAAACUGGAUGUUUAAAGCAGAUUAUCAUACAUUUGUGUAUGGCCAGGUAGAUUUAUAGAGGUACUCCUAAAUAGUCAUUAUUAAUCAAUAACGUGGCAAAUACAAGAGGGAUAAUUACAUUGAAUUGUUGGAUACAAUUUUGUGUUUUGGUGAUAAGCAUGUGAAAGGUUGCAGUUGCGCUGUAAGUCACAAAGUGUGUUAAAAAUGGAAAAGAAGCUUGUUGCACAGUAAACAAGAAAAGGAAAACAAAAAAAACAAUAUAUUAUUUUAGAACAAUCAAGACAUUGCAUGUACCAAGUCAUGUGUGUACUCCUUCUAGGGAUAUUCUGGACACUUACUGGGAGGAAAACAACAAUCUGUCAAACAGUGGGCAAGAUCUUCUGAGCAUCAACCUUUUCAGGAAACAUGGAGACAGUCUAAAAGGGAAGAAGAUAGGUCUUGUUGUCAAUGGUGAUCUCUUGGUAGGAUUUGUUUUCCAGUUGGUGUACUAACUCUAGAGUUGUAUACUGCUGAUAAGCAGUUAAAAUACAUUUUUCUUAUUAUUUUAUUUUUGUGUGAGUUUAUGUGUGUAUGUCAGUCUUUGUGUACCUGUGCCUGUCUGUGUUUGUAUGUGUUUCAUUUUGUGUUCAGCUUCAAUUAAACAAAAAGGUGUGUGUGUGUGUGUGUGUCUAUAUAUAAAUGUAUGUAUGCAUAUAAUAUGUAUGUGUAUUUUUGUGUGUUUUUUUUUUGUUUUUAUAAAGAAAAUAAUGUAACGUGAAAGGUGCAUAGUGGUGAAGCAUUAGUCAUACAGAAAGUAAUGCCUGCUUGGAGUCCAAGAGAAAAUAAAUGGCUUGACUUUUGGUCUUGACGUUUAUGGCUCCAGGAACACACGAGGGAAGAUUAAUGUCUGUAAUUCCAUUUUUUUUUCUUUAGGGUCGAAUUUUGGGCACCUGUAAAAAAAAACAGGACAAGAUCUCACUUUUUAACAGACUAGCGGAUAAAUAUUUCAAGAGAGAGCAAACUCAGUACCAAAGUGAGGAGAACCUGAAGGAAUGGGCAUUUGUAGAUUUGGCAUCCCAGUGUCAAGCUGUUAUCUGCUGCCGGGUCACACCGAAACAAAAAUCUAUGGUUGUUCAGCUUGUAAAGAGAUACAAACAGGUUACCACCUUGGCCAUUGGAGAUGGGGCCAAUGAUGUCAACAUGAUAAAAAGUAAGAUAGAACUAAAAGAUUACGCAUACCUUUUAAAGAAAUCUUGUGUAUAAGGAAUAUUAGCUACAGAUAUUUCCCUCAAUUUAUCUUAAUUUGCACCAAAUAGCUAGUAUGUUAUAUAUUAAGGACCCUUAGGAGUACGAAUUAAGUGGAAAAAUUUGGUAAAUUAAUAUGACGUACCAAAGUAAAAAGAGUGUUUUCACUGUCUACCUUUUAUUCCAAAUCACUCCGGUCUCACUAUGUCUGGCUCCUCCUGGCUCCACCAGAUCAUCAGUCUUUAUUUAAAUUCACAUUAAAGUAACACCAGGCACCAAAACAACGUUAUCUAAAUUAAGUUGUUAUGGUGCCAGGAGACCCCCGGAGCCUGGAGUGAUCCUUUAAGGUUUUUUCAUGCUGCAGAUGCAAGACAGUGCAUUACAUUAUCUACUUUUUUUGUACUACUGGCCAGAGAUGUACUAAUCAGUAGAGAUGUGUAUUGUGGAUGCCUGUUACUGAUUCCAGCUUGGUCUAGUCUCAGAUUGAGAAGUAGAGCUUGUUAGUGGUCAACAGCGAUGUCACUUUUUUUACUUUUCCAGAACAUGAGAAAACCUCAUGCAGUAAAAGGCAGACAAAAUAAGCAUCUCAGUCAUCUAGUUGCUAACUCCAAAGUGAGGAGAAUCUGAGAUAAUGAACAUUUGUAGAUUUGGCAUUCCAAUGUAAAGCUGUUAUCAACUGGAGGAGGAGAACACUACAAUAAAAAGAUAAAGUACCUUCUAAACUAGUAUAAAUUAUAAGCUACAGAUACCUGGUACAUAAUUUAGGUCUCACCAUAUGUAUAUACUAUACACACAGUGAUAGAAGUUGAAAUUGCUUUCAGUAAUGCAUUGCAUUUAAUUCUUAUGUAGUAAAUUUUUAGAAAAUGUAUUUUCAUAUCAUGGGUGCAGGAAACCGAAUACAAAACAAAGUAUAUUAGCUAUGGGAUCCCCCAAAAUAACUGCCAUAGUCUUUUACAUUAUCUAAAUUGGUUUUGAGUCAUGGCCUGUAGAACGUGGGUUUCUGAUUUACCUUAUUAAUGAAAUAUGUUUUUUUUUUUCUUUUUUUUUUAAUUCUUUAUUUUUACUCAACAGACAUAGCAAGUGAGCAUCAACUUUUGGGCUUACGCAGAAGCCAAUUUGAAUAUAAUUUUUGGUAUUGUCAUGCAGUUCAAACAAUACAAUACAUGCCCAUUCUUGAUGAAACCAUUAGGGUCUGCCGUCCAUUAAGGGUUUUUAUAUAUGUAAUAUAAUUCCCCAUUGUUUCGGCUCGACAGGAGUAAUCAAAUGUGCAUUAGUAAUGUCGCUUGCGCAGAAGCAAACUUUGGUAUUACAUUUAAGUGUAUAAUAUGUUCCAUUUGAACCUUGUGGUAUUUUUCUUGACAUCUUUAACGUCAGUUUCCCAUUGAUAGUUUUAUAUUUUUCAGGCUUCUAGGUAUAUCAAUAGGAGUCCUAGUCCAAGAUCUGUAUUAUAUUUCUAGGUCUCCCAUUUCCUUCGUUAUGUUGACCAUGCCUGAAGGGGUUUAUAUACGAAAUAUAUAUUAAAUCAGGAAAGGAAUCUUCCCGUUAGGAGUCGGGAAGUGAGAGAAAGGAGAGUAGAGAGAGAGAGAGAGACUGAGUAGAUAGUACGAAAGAAAAGAAAAUAAGAGAAUGGGUGCAGCAUCCGGGAAGCGGCGAGAGAGAGGCUAGGGGGCGAGAGCCGGGGGGACAAAGGGCACUUCCAGGACCCCUUAUGCCAUGCGUGAUGACUUUAUCCCCCGGUAGGAGGGGAACCCCCAUUACUAGGUCACCUUUACUUCUCCAUUUCAGUCUUAUCUGUCUUCCCUGGAUCCCACUACACUAUUAUCCCAUGGCUCCCAAAGUCUUAGAAAUGUUUCUGUCGAUCCCUUCACUCUUGCUGUCAGGUCGUCCAUUAUCCUACAUUCGCGGAUCCUGGAUAUCACUCCCGAAAACUCUGGCCCGUCUGGUGAUAUUGUUCCUCGCGCGCUUAGAGUUAUUUUAUGGAUUAGUUUCUGCUCCCUCCUGGUCCAUCCGUCUAUAGACCUAUUUAGUAGGUAUACCCACGGAUCCCUGGCUAGGGGCCUGUUAAAUAUUUGUUUCAGUAGAUCUUCAACUGCUUUCCAAAAUCUAACAAUUUUCGGGCAUUCCCACCACAUGUGGAGGUAAUCCAGCAAUCAUCUGUAUCCAUUUUGUGCAUUUUAUAUAAUUUUACGGGAGUGGUAUACCAUCUAAGCAUGGUUUUCCACGUCUGUUCUUGUAGCGUGACACAUAUAGAAGCGUUUUUAUUUGCUUCCCAUAUUUCUUGCCAUUCAAUUCCUUCUAGCUCUUCUCCCAGUUCUGUUUCCCAUUGGUUGGUAUAAGCAAGCCGUCCCCAUUCUUUGGUUUCUGUGCUAAGGUGAGCGUACAUCAGUGUUAUCAUGCCCUUGGGGGCCAUCCCGUCUAGGCAUAGUUUUUCAUAGAAAGUCAUUCCUCCCUGAGCUGCUGCCUUUAUGUGUGGUUUCCAUGCAAACAGGGGCGUACCUAGAGCAUUUGGCACCCGGGGCGGAUACUGUGCUUGGCACCCCCCCAAAAAAAAAACCUGUAAAAAAUGUUAAAGGUUUUCUUUAAUUAAUCCACACUCCUUAAUUAAACCAUACCCCUUAAUUAAUCCACCCCGCUUAAUUGAUACACACACCCUUAAUUAAUCCACACUAAUUAAUCCACCCCCUUAAUUAAUCCACUCCCCCAUAAUUAAUCCACUCCCCCAUAAUUAAUCCACACUAAUUAAUCCACCCCCCAUAAUUAAUCCAUCCCCCCUUAAUUAAUACACCCCACUUAAUACACCCCCAUAAUUAAUCCCCCCUUAAUUAAUCCACCCCCCUUAAUUAAUCCACUACCCAUAAAUAAUCCACCCCCCCUUAAUUAAUACACCCCAUAAUUAAUCCACCCCCCAAAUAAUUAAAUCCACCCCCCACUAUAAUUAAUCCACACAUAAUUAAUACAUCCCAAUAAUUAAUCCACUAAAAUUGAUACACCCCCAUAAUUAAUAUACACCCCCCAUAAUUAAUACUCCCCAUAAUUAAUACACCCCAUAAUUAAUACACCCCCCCUCCUUUCUCACCCCCCUUUCUCCUCUCUCACCCCCUCUUUCUCCCCCCUUUCUCCUCUUUCUCCCCCCCUUUCUCCUCUUUCUCCCCCCCUCCCCUUUCUCAUCCCCUUUCUCCUCUUUCUCAUCCCCCCUUUCUCCUCUCUCAUCCCCUUUCUCCUCCCCUUUCUCCUCUUUCUCCCCCUUCUUCUCUUUCUCACCCCCCUCCCCUUUCUCAUCCCCUUCCCCCUUUCUCAUCCCCCUUUCUCCUCCCCCCUUUCUCCUCCCCCCCUUCUUCCUCUAUCCCCCCCCUUUCUCCUCUUUCUCAUCCCCUUCUCCUCUUUCUCAUCCCCUUUCUCCUCUUUCAUAAUCCCCUUUGUCCUCUUUCUCAUCCCCCCCUUUCUCCUCUUUCUCAUCCCCCCCACUUUCUCCUCUUUCUCACCCCCCCCCUGUAUAGUCGGCGGGUACAGGUAGCUUUUGUUUCCUGUACCCGGACGGACUAACAGGAAGUGCACACACUGUGUGCACUUCCUGUUAGUCCGGUCGGGUACAGGAGACAGAUGCUCCCUGUACCCGCCGACUAUACAGGGCUCGGCCACGCUACAGGGAGGGAGUGACAGGAGGGAGCGCUGAGCGCUUCCCUCCUGUCAGCCUCUCCUCAGGCUGCGCCCGGGUGGUGCGGUCCGCCCUCAUGGAUGCACCGCCCGGGCAAAGCUGCAGCCGCCUAAGGCUCACUACAGAGCGCUCGGUCGGUUGCAGCAUGGGGGGGGGCCGGCGGGGCUGGUCAUGGCACCCCCCACCCUGGUGGCACCCGGGGCGGACCGCCCCCUCCGCCCCCCCCUUAGUACGCCACUGCAUGCAAAGUCUCGGAUCUGAAUAUAUCUUACAAUCGAUCUUGUCCUCCUCUUCACGGGGACCUCGGUGUUCCGUCUCUUGUGCUCCUGUCCACUGCCGGGCACGGGACGGCGUUGAAGUCCCCUGCCACAUAGGUCAUGCCAUGCGGGAGUGAUGAGAUUUUCUCCCGGAGCGUGUUCCAGAACGAGGGGUCCGGUUGGUUCGGAGCAUACAUGUUAAUCAGGUGAAUGGUAUGCGAGUAUAAAAUGCCCGAGAUGAUAACGUAUCGGCCUUCUGGGUCUGUUUCCUGGGCCAUGUUUUGUUUUUUCAUUUGAUUUUGCUUAAUGAUAGUAGCACUACUACUUACAUAAUCUAGUAGUUAAAGGGCCACUAUAGACAUCAGAACAACGUUAGCUUAAUGGAGUGGUUUUGGUGUUCAAAUUUCUGUCAUUUAAGAGUUAAAUUACUUUGUUUAUGCAGCCCUAUCACAAGUACCUGCAUGUGACUUACACAGUCUUCCUACAUACUUCCUGUAAAGAGAGCUCUAAUAUUUAAAUGUCAUUUAUUGCACAUUGUGUUUAAUUUAGAAUUUAUUAUCUUCUGCUCAGGUAACAAUGAGAAAGAAAGAAAGAAAAACGCCUAAACGUCUAAUUGAGAGUUAAAUAUAUUUUUUAUGCUGGAUGUGUCAGUCACAGCCAGGGGAUGCAUAAACAGAAACAAAUGUGAUUUAACUUCCAAAUAGAGAAUUGAUCAGUAUAGGGCAUGAUCUAUACACCAAAACAGAUUCAUUAAGCUAAAGUUGUUUUGGUGCAUACAGUAUCCCUGAUAAGCAACAUAAACAGGAGGCUCUGCAGUGGGCCUGUUAUUGUUCAAUUUCUUAUUGUACCCCUGUUAAACUAAAGGCAAACCUGGCCAUCUGGUGAAUAAUUCCUAUUUUCACUGUUAAAUAAAAUAAUUAUCUACUGCUCAAAUCAAAAGCUACUCCUGCUCAGAACCCUAUCUUCCUUUCUCUCUUAGCUGCCGAUAUUGGAGUUGGAAUAAGUGGUCUAGAAGGAACACAAGCUGUCCAGUCCAGUGACUAUGCAUUGGCUCAGUUUUGCUACCUUCAACGUCUUCUCUUUGUCCAUGGACGGUGGUCUUACCUCCGCAUUGCCAAGUUCUUACGUUAUUUCUUCUACAAAACCUUUGCCAGUGUCCUCAACAAUGUGUGGUUUGCCUUUUUCAAUGGAUUCACAGCUCUGGUAAAUAAAUUCUAUGUAAUCACAUCAUUUUAAUUAAAAUAUACAAUUUGUAUAUAUUAAUAUUCAAAUUAAACAUUCUAUGAUGUAAUGUGAUACUUCUGCAAAAGCAGAAAAUUCAAUUUUGUACUUUGAUAUAAUGUUCAAAAAGUGGUUUAAAAAAGUCAAAUGUGUUCAACCUUUUUUCCUAAAUUCAACAAACCCAGUUGCUGAAAUGAAUCUGGAUAAAACAUGUUCCAAACUAUGGAAAUGUUUAUAAUCGAAUCAUGCUCUCGGGGCAAUUUACUAAAGAGCAGAUUUGCAAAUUCAGGCAAAAUUUCAGUUGAACUUAUUUCCCUCAGUUUUACCUGAAAUUCACUAUAUUUACUAACCGCUGAAUAUGACCAAACUGGCUCUGCCAGAUUAAUUUGAAUUUAUCAGGAUUGUAUAUGAAGGAUUGAUGAAUCUUUAAAGUAAUUGCUCAAUAAUCAAUUUCCAAACUAGCAUCAGCAAGAACAAAGAACGUAAUAUACACGUAUCAGCCACAACAUUAAAACCACCUGCCUAAUAUUGUGUAGAUCCAUCUUGUUUUGUUAAACAGCUCUGAUAUGUGUAGGCAUGGACUCCACAAGACUUUUGAAUGUGUCCUGUGGUAUUUGGUAUAAGACAAGACUACAAGAUGCGAGGUGGGACCUCCAUGGAUUGGAUUUGUUGCUCCAGCACAUACCACAGGAGCUCAUUUGGAUUAAAAUCUGGAAAAUUUUGAGACCAACUCAGCACUUUGAACUCUUUGUUAUGUUCCUCAAACCAUUCCUGAACCAUUUUUGCAGUUUGGCAAGGUGAAAGAGGUCACUACCAUCAGGGAACACCAUUGCCAUGAAUGAAUUUAUGUGGUCAUGGUAGGUGGUGUGAUAAACUCACUAUUUAUCAUGUUCUAAAGACAUUUCCCUCCUAGUUCGGGUUAUCAAUCUACCGAACACCGACCACCCCUCUGGCACAUUAACUACAAACUAACCACAAACUUAAGUUCUUUCUCUGUGUGGCCUCCAUUCGUCUAACUGAACAACACGUGCUGUGGAAAACAGCGGCCAUCUUGUCUCCCGAACACAGACAGUGGCACUUGGUCGUCGAGCUUAUGGAACUCAAAGUUGGAUACAUCCACUUGAGAACCUUGGUAAUCUUGCGUCGACGCCUGCUUCUGUUUCCGACAAGACAAGAGAGCGCUGUUCGGUAGGAUUGUUCGCCAGAACUAGGUGAACAAUGGCUACCUAUGAGCCAAGGGAACUGUUCAUCACUUUGUUCAUUUUGGAGCUCCCGAAAGUGACCGACCACUACCACUUUUUCUCUGGAACUAAUUUCCGAGGAUAUAAUAUUUGUGUUAUGUGUAUUUUGGUGUUUUUUGCAUAAUAUUUUAUACCUCUAGUGCCUGGGAGAUAAUUAGGUUAAGCAAAAGCACUAAAGCAGGCUCUCUUAUCUCCCAAACACAGAGGCGCCUGGGUGGGCUUACUGUGCAAGUGAAUGGAGUUCCCUGCUGGGGGCCUGUGUAUAUAAACAGGCCACUGGGCCAUAAUAAAACAUUCUUCUUGUACCCUUCAUCAAAUCUUGGCUAAUGUUUGGGUAUACCAGAGCUAUAAUCACUAUUUCACCUGGGGACUCAGGAGAUUUACAAUGGAUAUACUCAGUCAGAGUAUAGGAGAUCCAUUACAGGUGGGACGUGUCAAAGUAACAUCCUCAUGAAUCCCAGGACCCAAGGUUUCCCAGGACAACUUUGCCUCUGCCAGCCUGCUUUCUUCUCAUGAAAUCUCUUCCCCAGGUAAACAAAUCACACACCUGGCCAUCCACCUGAUCUAAUAAAAAAUGUGAUUCAUCAGACCGGGUACCCUACAUCCAUUGCUCCGUGGUCCAAUUCUAAUGCACACUUCCCCAUUGAAGGUGCUUCCGGCAGUGGACAGGGGUCAUCAGGGACAAUCUGACCAGUCUGCGGCUGCAAUGUACUGUGUGUUCUGACACCUUUUCAUCAUGGCCUGUAUUACAUUUCAGAAAUUUCAGAUAUUUGAACUACAGUAGCUCUUCUGUGGGAUCGGACCAGAUGAGCUAGCCUUCACUCCCCAUGUUCAUCAAUGAGCCUUGGAUACCCUUAACCUUGGUAUUAGUUUACCGGGUGUCCUUCCUUGCACCACUUUUGGUAGGUACUAACUACUGCAACCCAGGAGCAGCCCACAAGACCUGCCGUUUUGGAGAUGCUCUGACCCAGUCGUCUAUCCAUUACUAUUUGGCCCUUGUUAAAGUCCCUCAGAUCUUUUUGCUUGGCUAUUUGGCCUGCUUCCAACACAUGAAAUUCAAAACUACCUGUUCACUUGCUCCCUAAUAUACCCCACCCCUUGACAGGUGUCAUUGUAACAAUAUAAUCAAUGGUAUUCACUUCACCUGUCAGUGGUUUUUAAUGUUGUGGCUGAUCAGUGUAUAUACAUGCUGUAUGGAACCCAAAUUAACCUCUUGUUCUCAGGUACAAGCUAAAGUGUGGUUCAUCAGCUCUAAUAAAAAUAUUGGAACCGCUGUCCAUGACUCAAAAAAGCAAACUAUUGCUGUUGAUAUGACUGUUUUCCUAUGAGAUUUCCAUACAAUGUUCAUGUCCUUAGUCUUUUGGAAAACUUGGGUUUUAUUGCAUAUGUUUAAAAAAAAAAAACCCAUUACUUUCUUAUUAUUAGUGUUCAGUGACAAAGUGGUUAGAGUAGUAUAGGUGCUUUAUAAAAGACCGAAUUAGAAACUUUUGUUCAUCCCUUGUUCCUUUCUAAGUGGAGAGAGAAUAUCAGUAUUUUGUUCUCCUGUAGCCCAUGGAUCAGCGCAGCUAAGAGGAAUAGGCCUUGACAGAGCCAGGAGGUAGGCAUAGCAGCCACAGGACGUUAGUGACAGCUAGCAUGCUGGGUAGGGCGGAGCCAUAAGGGGAGUAUUUAUACCAGCCAUUAUAUGAAGGGGCCAUUUUAACUGAACCUAAACUUACCUGUCAGUUGUCCCUCCCACCCUCCCUGUAUUUGGUUAGGUUAGUUGAUUUCCCGUUUUUUCACAGUGGCGGAGAAUGUCCUGGUUAAAUCGAAGGGUAGAUGGAGGAGAAAGUGGGCAUCCUGAGGUUUAGUGUGGAUUGGGCAGUGUUGCACGUGGUUGGUAGGUUCGAGCCCGUCGGUGGCUCCGAACCUGGGGAUGUGGUGGUGUCUUGGUACACCCUACACUGGAACUGGUGGGUAGCGGUGUCUUGGUACACCAUUACAAUGGAUAUGGUGGGUAGCGGUAUCUUGGUACACCCCUACAAUCGAUAUGGUGGGUAGCGGUGUCUCGGUACACCCCUACAAUUUAACCUGUUGGAAAUGUGGUCAUAUUGGGCGGCCAGUUUCUAUAUUAACAUGUUAUUUAGAUUGUUAUCUAUUUUAUUAUUGUGGGGUCAUUGCUAGGGGUAUGUUAUGUAUAUGGGGCAUGUUAACUUUAAUAAGAUUUGUUGGCAAUGACCCCAUUUGUUAUUCCUUAAAGGGACAUUAUAGUCACACAGACCACUUCAGCUCAAUGAAGUGGUCUGGGUGCCAGGUCCCUCAGGGUACUAAAGUGUUCCCUUAAUUAUUUUAUUAAAAAUGUAAUAAAGCUGUGGACUAAUUAUUUCCAACAGUAUAACCUGUGUCCGUGUUUUAAUGGUGGUUUGGGUAAGGUUAGCGCAUAUGCCGGCAAAUCCGACUGUGCAUCUGUCAAGUCCCAUGACAAUGUAAAACCAUUGACAUGUCAUUAUUUGUAAGUCGCAGUUGCAAAUAUACUGGUCCGGUUCAGAUUCUUUUUCCCAUCACUUUGAGACUCAUCGCUGCAGCAUUGAAUAUUGUAAUAUUAUGACAGAUGGGCAGGUUGUACAUAUAUACUGAGGCUUUAGGAUUUAUUUUCUUGUUUUACUUUUAAAGUAAAGCCAGAUUUGGGGAGAAACUUUAAAAUUGUGUUAGCACACAGAAGUCCUUGAGGCAAACAUUAUUUCCUUUCACAUUAUUUUACAUUGAAUCCAAAUGAAAUUUGGUAUUUAGAAAUGUAGAUAUUCCUUAUUGUUACAUAUGCUUGUGGUGUAAAACCAUUAAUUCAUUUAACAAACCAUCUAACAUCAUCAAUCUCAUGUUGACUAAAUCUAUGGUAUUGCUAUAUAUUUUUUUAAACGUAACAAUCUGUGCUUUUGUCUAACUACCUUCCCUUCUGGCUAGAAAAAUCUAUUCUUAUAUUCAUAUUAAUGUGUCAAUUAACAACAUUUUAAGUUUUAUCAAAUUUUUUAUGACAUAUGAUAAACAGAAGGCUUUGAAUUCUUAAGGUGAAAUUCAAAUCUUGGUUCUAUUUUGGCAGAAACGCUUACCAAAUGAAAAUCAUGUGGUUCACUCAAAUCCAAAUCUAGCUACAUCUUAGAUUACUGCUUGGUUUUAAGUGUUGAGAUAAAAUUCUAAAGGCACAAAUAUGAUCAAAUUAACAGUUUCUUUUCUUUGUCAUUUAGAUGGUGUAUGACAGCUGGUUCAUAGCAUUUUAUUCUGUAAAUUUCACAGCGUAUCCAGUGCUAUCGCUUGGAUUAUUUGAACAGGUACGUCUUCUAAUGGAUCGUUUCAGAUUUGAGAAGUUAGAAACAGAAUAACAUCAUCAGUCAUUAUCUGUCAUUACAUAUUUCUCACUCCUUUUAGUUAUGACCUCCUGGCCUUCAUACAUUUAAGACAGGUCAAAAUCCUUAAAGGACCACUUCACACCCAUAAAGCACUUUAGAAACUAGCACUUUUAUAAUUAAAUUGUGAAAUACCCCAAUGGCUAUCAAUCAGACCGCUAUGGCGGUUUGCUUCCUUCCUCCUCCCAUUAGCUCCCCUGAAUAACGGAAGUGGCAGGCGGGCUCUACUUAAAGCCAUCUGCCUUCUCUCCCAUUGCUCCUCUAUAGAUCUCACAGAGGCAUUCUUCAGCUCAUCCACAGACCUCAGAUUAGACACAUGUGCACGAGCAGACGCCCGCGAGCACAGAGGGCACAGAUUCAGAGGAUUCUUAACAGGAAAUGAUUAUUUUCCCAUGAAGAGCCUGAAACUCUCUUCCAGAGAAAGAGGCAUUCAGAAGAACUGCAGCUUUUGCAAGCUCUUUAAGAUAUACCUCCUAUGUCUACAUGCAUAAUUAAAUGUAUGCAUGUAUGUUUUGUGGGGUACAUCUACUAAAAUGUGAUCUAUCAAUUUAUCAUUAUUUUUAGUAUGGAGUGGUAAUUUAAAGCAUUUUUACUGGUUGUUUUGAUUCGAAAAUUUGUUUGUUAGUUUUUUGACAGGCCAAUAUAUGAAAACUUAGAAUGCCUUAAAACCAUAUCAUCUGCAAUAAGCCCUCUUUAACUGCUUUGCAGACUCUCAGGGGCAUCUACGUGACAGACAAUGAUUGUACAACAAUGAAUAUAUAUAUAGCCAGAGGUUGACAGGAACUUUUUACCCAUAGAGUCCCCUUUCAUCUCCAUCCAAUAAGUAGGGAGUGGUUUGCUGCAUUAAACAAACAAAGAAACCCUGUGUGAACGCUGCUUGAGAUGAGGGAAUCUCAUCUACAGCUUUGCUCCUUAGAGCAUCGGAUUAUUGUCCCAAGUUAGUCAACCAACUCCUUCCAAUCCCCGGAGGACCUGGAGGCCUCUACUCCCAACCCAAUGUGAGGAUUGGUAAAAAGAAUAGUAUAGUUGGUGAGUGCUAGCACAAUAUACACUCACAGACCACGCUACUAGGACCCAUUGGUCACUGAAAAAGUAGUUUUAGAGAAGUCACUCAUAGGACAUUGGGCCUAGAUAAACCCUAAUCCAUACUAUAAGGAGACAUCUUUACAGUGAUAUAUGUACUCAAUGGAAGCUCCCACACCAGCCCUAUUACAGAGGGUUUAUUAAUUAUUCAGCACUCCUGAGGUAUAUUGCUCCCCCGUACAAAGUUUGAGGGGAGACUUUUCAUAUAGCCUUUCUGGUUUCAUAGAGGGUUCUGGAACCUUCCUUUUUGUUAUUUUCCCCGCCUUGCACACAGGAUUGGAAAUGAGAGAGGACACUUUUUGGGGGGGUUCCUUUUUGUUUUGGAACAUUCAGCAUUAGUUUUAUUCCUUUUAGUGCAACAGAUUAGGGUGGUGACAUGCUGCACCCGGCAUUAAUGAUCAGAUAAUUAGUAAAAUUAGGUUAUUUUUUUUGCAGGGGCAGCUAAAGUUGUAUUUUUGUAGCAAUUGAUGUAUUUUUUUUGUCUUUUUUUACAUCUUCUAUUUUUACUCUCAGGAUGUGAGUGCAAAAGUGAGCCUGAAGCUGCCUGAAUUGUACAAAGUGGGGCAAAUCGGUUCUCUCUUCACCUACAAGUUGUUUUGCUGGUCGCUUUUGAAAGGAAUCAUGACAUCAUUGGCAACAUUUUUCAUUACAUAUGGGGCGUUUGUAGAUGCUGCUGGUCCCGAUGGUAUCUGUGAUUACCAGUCAUUUGCAGUAACACUGGCCACGUCUGUCCUCCUGGCUGUCACUUUGGAGGUAAAAUUAUUAGCCUUAGCACAAGUUUCAUUUAAAAUUUAAAUAACACAGGCACUCUGAGUAGUGACAGAUAUUUAUAAGUCAGCGAGAUAAAUAAACUUGACACUGGGUAGAAAUAUUUCUACCCUUCUAGAAAAAAAACACAUCAGCCAUGCAUGAUUGUCAAAGGAGCUGUGUGCCACCAAAGGAAACCAAAAUAGCAGGAAGACAGGAUAUUUAGAACGGUACCAGGGUAAUUGCUUCACAACAAGCAAAAGUUAAUGGACAAAUGUUACCUCAAACCUAUUUUUCUAUUAUAAUUAUCUUUCAUCAAGUUUUGAUUGAAGUUUUUAAUCAAGUCUAUGUAAAAACAAAUGCAUCCAUAAAUGCAUUAUAUUACUGGAUCCUUGAGUCAUAUACAUACACCUUUUGUCUACAGUGUUUGAAAACCAACAGCUAGUCUCUAUGGUCUUCCCUGCUGCUGUGCAGGGAGUUAAGAAGGAAAGACCACAUAAACUAAAUCUUGGUUUUCAAACACUGUUUGACCCAAGAUGCAUGUAUACGGCUGAAGGAUCCUGUCAUAUACUAGGUAGGAGAACUGGGUGAAAGUGUUGUGGUCAGAUGAGACCAAAAUCGAGCUCUUUGGCAUUAAUUCAACUCGUCGUGUUUGGAGGAGGAGGAGGAGGAGGAAUGCUACCUUUGACCCCAAGAACACCAUCCCCACCGUCAAACAUGGAGGUGGAAACAUUAUGCUUUUGGGGUGUUUUUCUGCUAAGGGAACUCUCACUGUUAAAAUACACCUACCAUUAAAAUUAUAGACUGACCAUUUCUUUGUCAGUGGCCAAACGUUCAAAAUCAGCAGGGGAAAAAAUACUUUUUUCCCCUCACUGUAUAUAUAUGUGUGUGUAUAUAUAUAUAUAUAUAUAUAUAUAUAUAUAUAUAUGUAUAGCCACUCUCAUUUACCCAGCUGGAAUAAUAACCUGGCCAAGAGCUGGUCACCAUGGAUGUGAAGACCUGGAAACUACUCACUAUGAAUGGAGGAUUCCACCCGAAAUCCAGCACCCAGAGACUGUAAACCAGCCGCAGGAAAAGAGGCUGGGGCCCGCUGAGUGUCAAGGCCACAGUCCUGGUUGAAACACAGAGCAUCCACAAGUAUAUCACAAAGAUUGCUUCCAAAGACAACAAGAGAUAGAGCAUGCAGAGUAGUUCCAUAGCAAGACAAACCUCUCUAUGGCAGAUAGUGCAUGUGGCUCAUAUUACUAAAUCUUAUGAGUGGUUGGGAAAUGCAGGACUGAAAGACAACACUGUUGCUCUAAUUCUAGCAGCACACGAACAAUCACUCAGCACCAAAUCAUUAGAAGCGAGGGUCUACCACAUCAGGUAGACUGUGCAAAUAGGACUCUGAGACAAUCCAGCACAUAGUAGCUGAGUGCAAGAUCUUAGCAUGAACAGCAUACAUUGAGAGGCACAACCAAGUUGCUGGGAUUGUGUACCAAAAUAUAUGCACAUGAUAUGGGCUGGCCCUGCCUAAGUCCAGAUAGGAAAUACCACAAUAGGUUGUUGAGAAUGACAAGGCUAAGAUCCCGUGGGACUUUCUGAUCCAGACAGUUUUAAAGAUGCUCUGACCCAGUCGUCUAGCCAUCACUGUUUGAAUCUUGUCAAAGUCACUCAGGUCUUUUCACAUGCCCAUGUUUCCGGCUUCCAACACAUGAAAUUCAAGAACUGACCGUUCACUUGCUGCUAAUUAUAUCCCACACUUUGAGAGGUGCUAUUGUCACGAUAUAAUCAACGUUAUUCAUUUCACCUGUCAGUAGUUUUAAUGUUGUGACUGAUCAGUGUGUAUAUAUAAUUUAGAAAUUUCCUUUCAAAACUCGAUGAAUAGAUUAUUAUAUUAAAUAUAGUUUUGAGGUCACAAUUGUCCUUUUAAUGUUGACAUUUGUACACAGGUAAAGGAGUAUUGAUGAUUCAAUUGCACCAGCAUAAAAUAGAGGUACAUUCCUAUGUAUUGUUUGAUAAUUAGCAACAUGUUGACGGGUGAUGAGCCAUUAAUGAUGCUGAAGCCAUCAAAAUCACACUUUUAUUAUCCUUUUCAACAACAUCUUACUAUUAUCAAUUCAGUAGCAAAGGAUCCUACACCUUAUAUUUUAAACAGUGACACUUCACACGAUCACAGUCCUUCCUAGGAAGAUGUAUCAGUAUAUUAAUGGAAUCAUUGGAGACUCUGAAAAUUCCUUUUUGUUGUUGAAUUCACUAACAUAAAACCAAUACCCAGGAACUUUUUUAAGUGUAUAUAGUUUUAAUUCUGCUUGUGUGUAAACAACCCCUACCCAAGCUGAUGAUGUUUGCAAACCAUUUCACCAAACUUAUAGUAAGGUUACUUGUUAAGCUAGUAAAGUACAGAUCAGCAAUGUAACAACAAAAUAACAUAGCAAAAUUGAUAAGAAAACAUAUACACAUGUACACAAUAUCCAAGUACUCUAUUUGAAUAUACAACAAAAACAUAAAACAAAAUAAAUAUAAUAGCAUAUCAAUGCAUUUUUUUGCACACAACAGGUUAAUAACACACGUUACCUUUUAUCAUCACUACUGACCUAUAAAAUGGGUCAAAGUGGCAGGUCAGAUCUUUCCAACAUGGACCCUUUUUGUUUGUUAUUAACCUCAUGACCUCUGAACAUCGAUAUAGCAUUACUGGCUAAAAAAACUGUUGUGACGUUUUUGGAUUGUGAUCAGCUGAAAAAAACACUUGUGCAAUGCUGUCUGAAAGUCAGAAAAUGUUAUUGAUCAAAUACUGAUGCUGGAUUGUAAUUUAUCCCAUAAAUGCUUAAAUUUAUCCCAUAAAUGCUUAUUUCGGCCAGGAUUCAGGGGAUGCACAGUGGCAAUUGCUCUCAUAGACAAAGCCGAGUACCAUGUCAUUUACCAUGCCUACAUAUUUAUAUUUACUGCUUAAGAGAAGGCAAUUAUUCGACUUUCUUCCUCCUUCUAACAAGUCGGCAGUGCAGAAGCUGUUAGAGGUGAAUGGGCAGGAAUAUGUGACACCAUCACUAAAACCCUGCACAACCUCUUCUAAUGCUUGAAUAUGAGAUUCAGCUUGCUAAUCUAUUAACAUAGAGGAGAGCCUCCAAACAGCACAUCUAGAUAAUAUUGGCUUUUCUGGCUUUGACUCAUGGCAUUCCCUUUGACUAUGCAUCCUCUGUAUCUCUGACCUCAACUUGUCCUAUCAUAUUGCUGCCAUUCUGUUAGCCCUUGACCUCAACUUGUCUCUGACUAUUCUUUCCUUCUACAGGCCUAUCUCUAUCACUUUACUGUAAAGUGUUAAAGGGACAUUAUAGUCAUUGAACAACUACAGCGUAAUGUAAUUGUUCUGGUGACUAUAAUCAUUGCCUGUGGGCAUAAAGAGAAGAGGCAGUGUUUACAUUGCCCCCUAGGGACACUUCCAAGUUGCCACUUCUCAGAUGUCCACUGGAGGUGCUUCCUGUGGCAGUGCUGCACAGUAGGCAGCACUGCCGUUUAGCAUCUCCACACUCUGCAUGGAGACACUGAAUUUUUCUCUAUGAGGAGUAUGAUUGUCCAAAAUGGAUUUUGACCCUAUAGUGUUCCUUUAAUUACAAGACGAUGUCUUUAUUUAUAUUACCCUUUCCAUUUUCUGUAUAUAAUAAAGAAUAACUUUUAAGAUUUAUUUGUUAAACAAUCAGUUUGGGUGAAUUGAAAAUUGCAAAUUGUAGGCCAAAAUUUUAGAGUUGUAAGCUGUUUAAGCGUAAGGUUUGCAAUGUGAUUUUGCUAAUCCAAAUCCUUUCACACUACAAAGAAAUCAUUGCUUAGUAAAUAAGCCCAAUGAUGGCCUUGAUUACAUUUCCGCCAUUAAUGUUUAUUGACAGUUUAUCGAACCUGAUUAGUCUGGUAAUGGUUCAAAACUAUUUAAUUGCUACUAUUAGCAGCUUAUAUGGAGAGAGGAAAUGUCUAUUCGAAUAAUAAUUAUUUUCUGAAAAUAUCAAAGUUGAUAUUAUAAUUAGCAUUGGAAAUAUAAGUUUCAGCAAUUCAAUUCUAUCUAUCAAGGACAUAAUCCUUGUAAAUAUCUACAGCAAACGGUUGUUGAUAAAUGCAUUUUUUGUCUAUUAGCACUAGCAGCCAGCAGGCAAAUAGUUUUUUUUUUUUUUAAAAGCAUGUGGGUAUCAAUAUGACCCCCAUUAACACAAUGGAGAUUCAACAACUCACACAUGCUCCACUCCGCCACUAAAAUGUAAUCAAAUUUUGCACUUUUAUAAAUUAACCUUGUUAUAUCCCCCUUGCUGUCAAUCAGACAUUCGGACCUGUUACUUCCUGGUUUGAUUAUCUCAGUGGAGCCAAACUCAAGAGGCAGCAAAUGCCCAGAUAACCUGCCUUGCAAAGUCUUCUCAUUGAACUGCAUUGGGAAGUCUGUGAUAGAACAGUCACAGAAAACCUGGGCAGGUUAGAAGAGGAGGACUUGCACAGGCAGCAGACAAGAGAUCUCUAGGUUUUGCAAGCUGUUUUUAGAUCUGCCCAUAAUGAAAAAAAAGCUUAAUUUAAUGCAUGCAUGUUAUCAUUUGGGGAAUAUCUAAUUCUCAAUGAUUUUUAAUUUUAUUGGAUAUUGGCAAUAGAGUGUCCCUUUAAGGAAGAUUGGAUUCAGUUGCAUCAUUAUUAAUGUUGUCUUCAAUCCAUGUGAAAUAAUACAUUAUAUUUGUUUGCAACAAGAAUAUUACAGAUUAUGUACUGAAUGACAGUACCUUCCUAUAAUGGGAUUCCUACAAUAGAUUGACUCAUUAAAAAGUGAUUUAUAAUUGUCAGCUAUGGUUCCCCCAAUAACAUGACCUAUAAGACGUGGAACCAUUGCAUUUGCAAUUUCCUGUGUGUGUUUAUUAUGGCCAUUUAACCUAUGACAAUUUUAUCAUUCUCCUUUUCCCUGUCAAUGUACAUAUUCCAUUCAUCUACAAAUAUUAUUUUCAUGUCUUAUAUUGCCACCUACCGGAAUUUUAUCUAAAGAGACGUGGAAUUUUUUUUUAUUAUAAAGAACGCUUGGUUGGUACAUGUAUAAAGCACAUAAAUGACACAUGCAUACUGCGUUAUGCUCGGUUCCAUAAACAAUAAGCCAACGCAAGACUGGAGAUAGGCGAUGUUCCUAGAAUAAUAAUGUAAUGCUUAUUCCUCUGAGGAAUAGGAGUUAUUAUAUUAAAUGUGUAAUCAAUACUUUGCUACCCUCUUCCCAGAGGAAUUGCAAUUAUUUCUGUGUAAAUGUGAUCUGUAUUGAGUAAUGUGCAUUGUAGCGAGAAAAAAUAAAAAUAAAAUAGGGUAAAAUUUUGAUAAUUCAAAAUAAAAGAAAUGUACAAUUUCCCCAAAUGAUUGUUACAUUUUUCUGUAUGUGUAACAGCAAGUGGAUGCACUUUAUAUGUUUUACAAUGCUGCCCCUACCAGGACAAGUUUAAAAAUGCACAUCAGAGUAUAACGCUAACGUUUUGUUUCCAGUUUUAAAUACGGGUCCUCAGAUUGUUAAUGAAAUCCCAUUUCUUAUAUAGCUUUAGGAAAGUUACAUAUAAUGAUGCAUAAUUAAUGAUGGACAUUGCAUUCAAACAUGAUAUCUCAUGAUGAACAACAUUGUGAAUCAUGUUGUACAUGCAAUGAUUUUCCAAUGUUACUAUUCAUGAGCAGCUUUUGAAAAAGAAAAAAAAAACUGAAAAAUAAUUUCUAUUUGAAAAUCCCUCAGAGUGCACCUUCAUUCCUUCAAUUAUAUAUAAAAUUGUAAAAAAAAAUUACAUUAGUAACAGGUGAUUUUUAAGGCAAAAUGGAUGCUGUUUUGGAGCAAAAAUGCAAAAUAAGGAACAAUCGUCUAUAUCAGUGGUACCCAACCCAGUCCUCAUGUACCCCAUAACAGUCCAGGGUUUAGGGAUUACCCAGUUGUGUCUAAGGUAUUUUUAGAAAGAAAAAAAAAGACACAGUAGGGUAAUCCCUAAAUCCUGGACUGUUAGGAGGUACUAUAGGACUGGUUUGGGAACCACUGAUUUAGGAAACUAUUAGAAUAUUUUAAGAUGAAGCACUUUAGCUACUCAUUACCAGCUUCUGCUAACCCAGAAAUUUUUAACACCAGAUUCUGGGCUGGUGGAAAAAUGUUACCGACAGUUAAAGCCCUAUACAUCCAAUUGAAACAAAGAAAUGUUGUGCCAACUCUGUUGCCACUUUUUACUGGCCAGCCAUUACCUGCCUAUUGCUACUUGUCACAUAGGGUGAAGUGCGCGAUCUCAGGUGAGUGUUUCUGUGCAUUACCAGUAAGCCACUAAUAUGUGAGUGACUGGUAUCCAUAUCAGCAACUGUUAGUUGCAAAGAGUGAGAUCUUGGUUGGCUCUCAUUUUGCUGUUAAAACAGGUCUUUAUUAUUAUCAAUCAUGCAGGAUUUUUUUUCACAUUUUAUUUGUAAUCCAACAGAUCGCCUUUGAGAUCUCAUACUGGACAAUCCUAUCAGGACUUGCCGUUCUCAUCAGUCCAGUAUCUUAUUUCCUGCUUUCACUUUUAAUGCAAACAAAUCCACUUUUCAAAGCCUUGCCAACAGUAUUUCCAUAUGUAGGUAAGUAAGCUAAUGAAAUAUGAUUUUUAUUGUGAAAGUUUAAUUGAUUACAGUAACUUCCAUUAAAGGGAGCCUACGUAGGACUAUAUGUUUCCUGCUAUUACCGUGACCUCUGAUCAUCCUCUUGUGAAUAGAAAAAUUCGAUUUAAAUAUGUUUGAGUUACAUUGUUUAAACUAGAACCAGAAUCUCCUUUUGGGAGAGUGUGUGUCACAAAAAGGUGCUUAUAGUGAAAUAGUGUAUAGCAGCUCAGUACACUAGUGUGGAUUACCCUUUAUUCCACACACAAUUUAACACAAAGACAAAAUUGGUAUACGAUAUACAUAUACGUUAAAGGACCACUAUAGUGCCAGGAAAACAUACCCUCAGGGUCCCCCUCCCGCCCGGCUCUGGAAAGGGGUUAAAACUUACCUUUUUCCAGCGCUGGGCGGAGAGCUCUCCUCCUCCGAUCCUCCUCUUCUCCUCCCAUGCGGCUGAAUGCGUACGCGCGGCAAGAGCUGCGCGCGCAUUCAGCCGGUCACACAGGAAAGCAUUCAUAAUGCUUUCCUAUGGACGCUGGCGUGCUCUCACUGUGAAAAUCACAGUGAGAAGCACGCAAGCGCCUCUAGUGGCUGUCAAUGAGACAGCCACUAGAGGAAAUAGGGGAAGGCUUAACCCAUUCACAAACAUAGCAGUUUCUCUGAAACUGCUAUGUUUAUGAAAAAAUGGGUUAAUCCUAUCUGGACCUGGCACCCAGACCACUUCAUUAAGCUGAAGUGGUCUGGGUGCCUAGAGUGGUCCUUUAAGUGGAGCGCUAUAAGGGUUUGGGGGUUGCCCCUUAAGGUCUUGAUCGAACCGUGCAUGUCAAAUGGAUAUAUAGAAAAAUAUAGAAAGUAUGGUGCAGAUUGUAAAACACUGUGAUAAUUCAAUUAAGUAGCAGAAUGGAUCACUCAAAAUGUGUUUGUGCCAUUAGGACUUUUAACUUCAUAUAAUUGCUAUUUGUUUAUUUUGCUAUUUAUUUUAGACAUUUCUUGAAUAAUAAAUACACUAGCACUUAAAAAAGUCCAUUGAAGCCUCAGGAAUCUUCAUUGGGGGAAGUGCCAUCCCCCCUUUAUUGGCACAAAGCCUGUCACCUUAAGAGCCAGGAUCUUAAGGCUCUGAAAAAGGUGAGCUCAAUACCUAAUUUUAUUAAUUCACUGUAUUUUUAACAACUAUACUACACAUUGGAUACUUCUACUAUUUUUAUCUUUCCGGAGGAAACGCUAACAGAAAAUAGUGGUGGGAUGCUGCCCUAAAAAGCAUACAAGCCCUGUUUACUGAGCCAAUAUUAUAGGCUCUUUGAAAUGUGAGUGAUCCAUUCUGCUACUUAAUUGAAUUAUCACAGUAUUUUACAAUCUGCACUAUAUUGUACUUUUUAUAUUUUUUGUAUAUAUCCACUUGACGUGCACAGUUCGAUCAAGACCUUGAGGGGCAACCCCCAAACCCUUAUAGCACUCCACUAAAGGUAAAUGUAUAUCACAUACCAAUUUUGUCUUUACAUUGUUUCCACUGUUGCACCAUUCCUCUUCCACCUCUUUUUGUCCUCUCAAACGUUUGUCAAAGAGAAGCACUUGCAACAAGAAGUGCUUGGGCUGUAAGAGCCAUGCUUCUCCAAUAAAAUGUUGUCAUGUGAGGAGGUGACGUGUGAAAUCUGAAUCAGAUUUUGCUAUCACAGUGGAAGCACCUCUAGUGGCUGUCAGGUACAAAGCCACUAAUGAUGUGUUUGCCCGGUAAUGAAAACAUUGCUUUAUCUACUAAACAGCAAUGGUUUUUAUUGCAGAACUAAAACUGCAUUGUUAUGAAGUGGUCUGGGUGCCAAUCCUUUAAUUUCUGCCAAAGGUAACAUUUCUUGUUGAAGUUUAUAGAACAGAGUAUUUCCAUGCCUCUUUGAUUAACGCAGUUUUGACGAAUCAGCACCUCCUCAUAGAGAUGCAUUGAAUCAAUGCAUGUCUAUGAGGAAAGUUCUGCAUCCCCAUGCUGUGCAGACCUGAGCCAGGAGGCCCCUCCAGUGGCCAUCUGAGGAGUGGCCACUUGGAGGUGUCCCUAGGGGCAAUGUAAACACUGCCUUUUCUCUGAAAAUGCCUGAAGGGCUACAUUAAGCUAUAGUUGCUCUGGUGACUAUAGUGUCCCUUUAAGAACACAUUACAGGUGCAUACUUUUAGGAAAGCUAAAGAACACUCCAAUCACAACUGCCCACUAAUAUAGUUAUGAUGUCAGUAAUGCCCUGGCCUGAUGUCAUCUAAUGUCAAGUAGUCAAAUUGUGUUGUACAGUUUAACAACUUAUCUGGGUCUCGCCUCAAGCUGGAGAAUCCAGUUAGCUCUACAGAGCUAAAUAGGUCCAUGCAGAGCUGUGUUAUUGGCUGAGAGUAUCAGCCAGCCAAUGAGAGCAGUUUAGGGUUGGACUUUGUUUGCUUUAUUCUACAGAAACAUCAAGCUUCUCAUGCAGAAGACCAGAUGCUGUGUUUUCAACCAGGAAAUCCAGGUAAGUUGUUGAACUGAACUAAAACUGUUUGACUACUUACCGUGAGAUGGUGCCAAGGCAUUCCUGGCACCAUAAACACUGAAGUGGGUUUCCAAUUUACUACCAGAAAUUUUCUCUAUUUUUCCUAAAUUCAUAUCUCUAUACCAGCCAUCUCAUAUCAUAAUGGGCAAAACUGUGGGUCUUGCUUUGUUUCAAGGAAAUGACCACUAACUUGUUAAAGUGGGUGAAAUGUUCCCUAAGCAGAAUCAAUAGUAAUCAUCCACUGCUCUAUUUCUCUAUUUAUGUCUCAUUUUUGAGGGCUCACUGCUACGGUCUUAGCAUCAAGUUCAAACCUUUUUUCAGCUAACCUUCCUUACUCCAGUGCACAAACAAAGAAAGUCAGCCAUUGUCUAGAGAGCUAUGUAUGUGUCUUUCAUAACAUGGAACAAUUUAAGUUGUAUUUCUACCCUUGUGUCAUUUUUCAGAGAGUCAAUGAAUUAAGGAGCUACAGCAGCUGUAGUGGUUAAGAUGCUUGGAGAGUUAGUUUGGCAAGAUUUCUUUACUUUCUAAUUUGCAAGGAAUGUUCUACCAAUGUCAACAUUCUGUUUUAACUGGAGAUAAAAAAUAAAAAAACUCCUGAUUGAUUAAUAAUGCCCCUUAGUAAAUCUUAAGAAAAAGUCUCCACCAUUAAUGUGAAGCUUAUAUGUUUAGAAGGGGAUUAUCAUUUUAAAGAUUGGCUUUCUAUUUUGCAAUCUUUGUCAGCUUGCCUGAGACUCAAAUGUUGAAUAAUAAAAGACUAGCCAUAAUGUUUCCAAAAUCAUUCUCUUGUCUCUGGUGUCUUCCCAAAUAAGUGGAAUACUUUCACAGGUGUAGCUUUUAUAGUAAUGUUUAACUCUGCCUGCAUACAUUUAUAAAAUCAUACAUAUAUGCACACGAAUGUGAGCAUUGUGAUUGGCUAAGAUCAUUACUUCUGAUGAUGUCAGUCAAGUAGGCAGUUCAGGGGCCGAGCCAGCACCAGCAGACUGGAAAAAAGGUAAGAUUUUACUAUAUUUAGGAGGUAACGGAGGGAAGAGCAGGGGGGCUAGAUAGUGAGUGUUUCUUUAAUGUGAAUAGCACGACACCCCACAAAUGUACUGCAUUGAUAUAAUUGCAGUAUCUAUGGUACAACAUAUCAGUAUAGCAAGGUGCGGAUGGGAGAUAUGUCCUGCAAUUUGUUGUCUGUAAUGCUUAAUUUAAAUUGGGUUGAUGAUUUUAAUCUGUUGGGUCACGUUAGACAGUUUGAUAUAAUGAAUUUUAUAGUUUUGGUGAUGAUUAGCGACCACUUAGGGUUUGCCAGUUCAGGUAAAUGAGGGUUUUAGGUUUUUUCAAAACUGAAAUUUUUUUUACACUUUAAUUAUUAUUUGGGCACAGACCAUACUCUGCAUUCCAUCACUUGUUAUAUUUCAUUUAUUGUUUCACAAUAUAUCCAGUAGUUUGUAAUCAUUUUAUGUUACAUAGCCCUGUAAAAUAGACUGUUGCCUUUCAUAAAAUUGGAGCAUUGUAAUUUUGCCAUAGACGGACACAAAGUAGCUAUUGUACCUUUAUAAAGCGGGGGAGAAAGUGGGUGACUUGAUGGGAAAAGACUGUCUAUUGUUGACCCUUUAACUGGUUCUGUACUAAAACUAAUGGGUAUACAUACUUUAGUACAAUGUUAGAGGUACCUGCAAGUAAAGUUUGGCUCAUUUAUAUUUUAAUAGAUGAUGUAAGUAAUAUAUUAAAAUAGUUAACUAAAAAAACUCACAUUUAAAUUCCCUCUAUUUGCUCCUAAACUUUAUCAUAGGCAGCCUGUGGAAUAAACAUUUACUAAACCAGGAAGUCACUGCUGAGCUUAGCCCAAAAGCGGUUCUGUGUUUCUGGGAGUUGGUUUUUGAUUGAUAGCUUUCUUAUGUAGAAAUAUAACAGCUAAACUGCAACUUGUACAAACCUAAUUUGUGCCAUUAUAUACAGCAGUAUUUUUGGGUCAAAAAAGGGAAAAUGUAGGGUGGAAAGGAAUGACUGAGAAAGUAUGGGCUUAUGGGGCAAAAAUAAUUAAUAUUGGGGACGAAGUCUGACCGCCAUGCGGAGUAGUCACAUUAACCCGGAGCUCUGAGUAUAAAAUAGAUAUUUACCCAUUUAUCCUACCUUUGUGCUGGCUAAAUGAGUUUCAUACUCACCCUUCAACUCAGCAGGGCCAGACUGGAAACAGAAAGCAGCCCUGGAAAAAAAAUAAUUCCAGCCCUCUAAUUCAUUUUGUCACAUAGUUUGCUUGUAUUGUUUAUAUGUAUGUGCUUUGGAAGAAAUUUGUCUUACCUGCAGCCCCUCGCUCCAGAUGAUCCAUGGGUGUUACAGUGCCGUAACAUCCACCCUCCCGGCCGCCCCUGUCCGUUGUGAUUGGCUCUGCUUGGGGACGAUUCUUUAAGCAGGGAAAUACUCAAUGCAGAUAUCAGCAUAUCGGCAUCAGUGUGUCAAUUUUAUAUUUUCAUCAAAUAUGUAUGUUAAAAGGAUGUUCCACAUUAAUAAAUCACACUAGUUCAAUGGCACACACACACACACACACUGACUACAGAAAGGCUCACUGACACACACAAGCUCACUACGGACAGGCUCACUGACACAAACAAGCUCACUACAGACAAGCUCACCGAUACACACAAACGCUCUCUGACCCAUGCGCUACAGACAAGCUUACUGCCGCACACAACUUCACUGAAAAACAUUCACUCAAGCACACUACGGACAAACUCAGUGACCAACACAAGCUAACUACAGACAAGCUCACGACACACACAACCUCUCUGACCCACACAAGCUCGCUAAUGAAAAACACAGAAGUGCUCUAACCCACACAAGCUCACAGAUACACAGAAGCUCUCUGACCCACAAAUACCAACACCAUUACCACAAUCAUAACAGAUGAUGCUGAUAGAAUAUCUGCAACCAAUUCUAGCCAAAUACUUGGUUAGCUGGAUUCUACAACCAAUACUCUACAACUAAUACCCAGAUUUUCUACAAAAACAACCUCCAGCAAUGUAUCUAUGGAAUGUAAAUUUCUACAGUCUUUUAAAGACUGUUUGAGAAUUUUGGGUUACUAAUUUAAGGAAAAAAUGCUCUACAAUGCCCACAUUUUAAUGGAGAAGGUGUUAUGGGAAAUAACCUUUUACCUACUUUCAGUGCAUAAUAUGUUUACGCCAUUUUGUCCCAGAUGAAAUACAAUAACAAUAAUGCAUAAACAAGCUUCAAGGCUAUGCUACGACUCUUUCAGUACUUUAUAUACUGCAGUAACACUAAAUAGAUAAAGAUCUUAUCUAUUUAAGAUUUAAGAGGCCUUGCAGUUCCUCUCCCCCUUUGGACCAGUGCGGGUUAUACCAGUCCACCACAGUGAUAUUUCUCACCUGGCUCCAGAUACAAGGGCCAGCAAGCUGAUAUUGAAAUGCUACUUUACUUACCUAAGAUGGCAGCUGCCUACACUGAGACAGCUCUAGUAUGCCCAGGUCCGGUACAAGGACUUUUGCUGCCCUAGGCAAAAAAAAAUUUGAUCCACCCACUCAUGCAGACUGACAAACACACACUGACCCCUGCAGACUGACGCACACACUGACCCAUGCAGACUGAAACACACACACUGAUGAAUGCAGACUGACGGACACACACACAUUGAUGAAUGCAGACUGACUCACGCACAAGCAGACUGACACAUACCCAUGCAGACUGACACACACACACAGUGAUGAAUGCAGACUGAUGCACACACACACACAUUGAUGACUGCAGACUGACUCACGCACACAAUAAACCAUGCAGACACACACAUACACACUGACUCAUGCAGACACACAUACUGGACACAUACACUGACACACACUGAUACAUGCAGACAUACACUUACCCAUACAGACACACACUGACCCAUACAGACACACUCUGAGUCAUGCAGACACACACUGACCCAUGCAGACACACACUAACCCAUACAGACACACACACUGACCCAAACAGACUGACAUACACAAACACAAAUACUUUGAAACAGGGCCGCCAUCAGGGGGUGACAACCAUGAUGGUUGUCAUGGGCCAGGCAGUUGCACCGGGGCCCGCACGCUGAUGGGGCCUAUCGGGUGGCCCACGCACUUAUGGCCACCCGAUGAUCCCUAUAUCUUCAGGGGCCCGGUCAGUGCUGUGGCCGCGUAAUAGUACGACCGGGCUCCUUUAAAAAAAAAAAACGCACCCACAGCAAGUGCUGCUGGGAGGAAAUGGUCACUUCUUCCCAGCUCACUCCGUGCGGGAGGAGCGCACGCCUGUGAAGAGGGAGCUGUGCCGACUCCCAUCAGCCUCAGCCACCCUCCUGCAAAAAAAGGUAAGAAACAGGAGGGUGGCUGAAAAAUGAGCUGUGUGUGUUUGUAUGUCUGUAUGUAUGUCAUUAUGUAUGUAUAUAUGUAUGUCAUUAUGAAUGUAUGUCUGUAUGUAUGUAUGUCUGUAUCUAUGUAUGCCAGUAUCAAUGUAUGUCUGUAUGUCAUUAUGUCUGUAUGCAUGUAUGUCUGUCAGUAUGUAUGUAUAUAUGUCUGUCUGUAUGUAUGUAUGCCAGUAGCAAUGUAUGUCUGUAGGUCAUUAUGUAUGUCUGUAUGUCAUUAUGAACGUAUGUCUGUGUGUAUGUGUGUAUGGAUGUCAGUAUGCAUGUAUGUCAGUAUGAAUGUAUGUAUGUCUGUAUGCCAUUAUGAAUGUAUGUCUGUGUAUGUAUGUAUGUGUCUGUGUAUGGAUGUCAGUGUUUGUAUGCAUGUAUGCAUGUAUGUAUGUAUGUCUGUUAGUAUGUCUGUAUGUCUGUAUGUCAUUAUGAAUGUAUGCAUGUAUGUCUGUAUGUCAUUAUGUAUGCCUGUAUGUCAGUAUGUCAGUAUGAAUGUGUGUCUGCAUGUCAUUAUGAACGUAUUUCUGUGUGUGUGUGUGUAUGGAUGUCAGUAUGCAUGUAUGUCAGUAUGUAUGACUGUAUGUAUGUAUGUCUGUCAGUAUGUCUGUAUAAAUGCAUGUAUGUCAGUAUGAAUGUAUGUAUGUAUGUAUGUAUGCCAUUAUGAAUGUAUGUCUGUGUAUGUAUGAAUGUGUGUAUGGAUGUCAGUGUCUGUAUGUCUGUAUGAAUGUAUGUAUGUAUGUCUGUCAGUAUGUCUGUAUGUAUGUAUGUAUAUAUAUAUAUAUAUAUAUAUAUAUGUAUGCCAGUAUGAAUGUAUAUAUAUAUAUCUGUAUGUCAUUAUGUAUGUAUGUGUGUGUGUAUGUCGGUGUCUGUAUGUAUGUCAGUGUGUAUGUAUGUAUGUAUGUGUCUGUAUGACCUCAUGCAUGUGUGUCUGUAUGUAUGUUAGUAUGUGUCUGUCUGUUACUAUGUAUGCCUGUGUGUCUGUAUAUGUGUGUAUGUCUCAGUAUGUGUGUGUCAGUAUGUAUGCCUAUAUGCGUGUAUGUCUGUUUCAGUAUGUGUGUCUGUUAGUAUGUAUCUGUGUGUGUAUCUGUGUCCUUUUGAAUCAGUGUGUGUGUUUGUGUCUGUGUGUGUAUUCCUGUGGGCGGGAUUGGAGACAGGCCCCAGGGGGCCCAGACCCUGAGCUGAGUUAGAGGCCACAAAAUUUCUGGUGGCGGCCCUGCUUUGAAACAUAGAUUGGGAUGUCCCAUUGACCCUCUUACCAUUGCAUAUAUGACUUUGCUUUUCAUGCUAACUGGCAAUUUCACUACACCUGGCUGGCUUCAUUCUGUCUCCGCCCCACCCCUGCUAUGCUCCCACCCACAAAGGGGUGGCAGUGAGAAAUUGAAUUGCCCUCACGCUGCUGCAGCAAUAGGAGUCUUUGGUGGGGUCAGGCUGAGGUGGAUGCUGCCAGGUCAGUGUUAUACCGGGUGCUAGUCUAAUCAUCUAAGGGCUCAAUAGCGCCCAAUAACAUGGCCGACAGCACGGUUUGUAUAAUUACUCCAACAUAGAGGGACGGCUAAGCGAGCAGAGCAGUAAAGCUCCUGCAGGCCCUGAGUGUGCCAUGCCGAUCCACUACAGCCCUGUGAUAGCCUGCUGGCCCGAUUUGUUCAGCUAUGUGUGGAGUUUUGACAGAGAUUGCAGGAGAAGAUGGAGGCUAGAGUCAGAAUAGAGGCAACACCACAGGUGUCUACCUCUCAUCGGCAUAGCAUUACCACGAAAGCUCUGAAGACGGACUUGAUUAGGCCCAUUUGGAAACAGAGCAGAAGGGUGAGACGUCCUACAUGUUUAAGGGGAAGUGGCGUGAAUCCAACCAUCCUAUAGAGCCACUGCAACAGUAGGAUCAGGAUACAAUGACUGGUAGCUCUUUCUAGGGGUAGCUCUUUCUAGGGGUAGCUCUAAAGCCCCUUCAGUCACUUACCUGAAUCCAUCGCCGAUGUCCCUCGGCACUGGGUUAGACUCCGCCCACGCUCCUUCCCUGCUGACAUCACUGACAGGGGAGACCUAAUGCACAUGUGUGCCAAUCACCAUGCUCACAUUAGGAUUUCCCCAUAGGAAAGAAUCAAUUCCCCUAUGGGGAUUCUGGUGAGUUCUAACGCAUAGCAUGAGGAGGUCCAGUGUCAUUUAAACAACCAAAAGUCAUCUAAGCACCUGGAAGUCCCUCAGAAACUGCAAUAAUUACCACUGGGGACAUGGGACAUUGCACCGAGACAACGCCAAUGAGCUGAAGUGGUCCGGGUGCCCAUACUGCCCUUUAAAUUAUGUCCUAUUUUGAUGCUAUCUGAGUGCUUACGCCUUCCAGGUUUUGAAAUUUUCUUUGUUUUCGAGUACCUACAUUGGACCUCUAAUCUUAAUGUCAGCCUCACUGUUAUAUGCUCUGUGUUUAGCGAGCCUGUACAGACGACAUUAAUUUAGUUACUGUGGUUCUAUACAUUGAUACUCUUGCAUCUACCUGGAUUUCACUACUUAAUAUCCAAGUAUUCAGUUAAAUACUAAGAUUUGUUUAAUUCUUGACUAUUGUUAUUUACAUAUGCCAUCCUUACGUUAUGCUAUGUCUGAUCUGACUGCACUUGUUUAUGCUGUUGCGGCAAUGCAGGCAUCGUUGUACCUUUCUGCACAGCAAAAAUAAAGAAUUUAAAAUAUAUAUUAUUAUUAUUAUUAAUAAUAAACAAAAUAUGAAGUACAAAGAAGAAAUUAAAAAAACUUUCAUGUACAUAUUGCAUCUAAUUAUGAUUGAAUGGCCCUUAAAUGAUACGUAGUGCGACAAUUAAGUUAAAGGCUUCCUAUUAAUUUGUUUAUAUGCUCUUGUUAAAAGUUUUGUCUGUCCUUUCUUAUAUCAACCCAGCCUCUUAACUGUAAUAUAGAAAUUAUGUUGAUGGAGAUAAAGGAUUAAGGAUCUGUUUUUAUUAUCCAUUGUGUUUUGGUUUCUUGGGAGGACACACGUUUAACCCCUAGUCCCCUUUAACAGAGAACCUAUUCUGCUUUACCACACAACCCAGACAUUUGCCAGAUACAAAAGAGUAUUACCAAAGAUUUACUCAAUGCAGCUAAAGCCCAAAAUCCAGUCUAUUGGAAUCAGCAAUGGCAGGCAAGAGGGGAAAAUAUAUGAAAUGGAGACUCUUAUAGCAGAAUAUAAAGGCAAUACUGAAAUAUGCUCUCAGAUGUGGCUACGAUGGCUAGAAUAUCCGUUACGGCAAUGGAAAAAUAUCUUGACACAUAUAUAGUUUCAACCACGUUUUAAGCUUUUAAAGCAUUACAAAACAUGUGUGACCUUAGACUGGUGGGGUAUUUGCCUUUGUAGGUGACUCCUUUAUUAACUUAUUUGCACCACCCCUUCUAAUAUAUAUAUAUAUAUAAUAUACCCCUUUCCCAGACCGUCUUAACAGCAUUAUAGCCCCCGCCUAUAUCUUUGAUAUUUAAAGAGUUAAAGGAUUCUGAGAUUAGGGAUGGAUUAUCUCAACUAAGUGAGGGUUUACCCUUCUUAUUGAAUAGAAUUUCUUCUAUUCUAAGCAGAAUAAACCCUUAUUCCAAAAGAAUCCAGCCUUAGGUGUGAGAUACAUCUGGCAUUACUAUUUAAAGAGAAAUACGUUUUCUGGGUUUUGGGUAACUAUUAAUGAUUUUUUUACCUUGGCUCCAAUGCAAAUUAAGAAACAUUUUUAAAUUUGUAUUCAGUGUAAUGCACAGCCUGGCAUUUAAUGCAAAUUCAUAUACUUACACAUGUGGUAUUUUACCAUGGGAAGCAGGUAACUAGUAAGCAUGGCCUCAAAUGAUAGCAGCACUGAUGUACUUGACAUGCAGCAGAGGUAAGUGUACUUCAAAACUACCUCUGCUGCAUGGCUCAGCUCAGAAAAUGCUCCAGUCUGGUGUAUUGUGGUAAGGUCAAAUGAAAGUCACUAACUUAAAGUUGACUGAAAACAGAAUUAAAGAUCAGCACUACGAUGGCGGCCUAGGCAUCGUCAAAACGUCUCUCGAGGUUUGCGGUUUUCUGCAUCCUGUCUAUGAAAUAAGGGACAUAUAACACAUCUACCAUUAUCUAAUUCAUGUCUCAGACCAGAGAAAACUUUUUUGGAUCUGCCCAGUUCUUGUCACAGAAUUGCAGAUUCUUGAUCGACAAUUACUUUGAUAUGGUUUGAUAUAGUGUAGAGAGAUUACCUUGGGUCACUAGUAAAAGUUGUGAGUGUUCCUUCAUAUUUAUUUAUAACAUAUGGCUUUGUAUUAACUCUAAUGCAUUUUAAUGUUUGUGUUUUGAUAGGUGUCAGCCGAACUGUGCUAAAAUAUGGAUACAUUUGGCUCAUCAUAUUGUUGGCAGGGGUAACCAGUGUUGUCCCUUCACUUAUUGCCAGUUUUGUGACCAAGCACAUUUGCCCUAACCAAGUGAACCAUGUAAGUGUGAAGAACAUACUGUAUAUAUCAUUCCAAGUUGAUACAUUUUGAGGAAAGCGGAUAGUAGGUAAAGGUACUCUCCAUACUUGUAGUUGAUAGUAGAGAUAGUAUCUCUCCAUACUUGUAAUUAAGUAACCCUUUUAUUUGAGUAAGAAGCUUUUUUUCAAGUGCUUUGCCGAAACCAGUGCUCAAUCUGGACCCCACGGCCACUUGAUCAUUAGUUGAACUGAUAACACAGAAUCUAUACAUUCGUAUUGUCAAGUGCAAAGGAGUACAACCUGACAAAGAUAGGCUGAGGAAUUUGGGCCAACUCUCCCCUUGCCCCCCUUCCCGCACUCACAGCCUAUCAUUGCUUUCCAAGUGCACUUGAUAAUCCAAAAAUGGUUAUGCCUUAUUGGUAUGGCUGCAGAGGAUAAACUAUGAGUGCCAGGGACAGCCCUGUUGUUUGGUCAAAAUUCUUCAACACGGUUUGACAAAUAUGGUGGUACCCAUUAACUUAAAGCAUUGUAGCAACUGCAAUAAGCUGGGGUGUUUAAAGUGCUAAGAGCGCCCAUUUAAUCUUGCAGGUAAUCCUUUAACACAGUUUGUGCAUUAUUCUACUAUUUUUAAAUAUGUUUAAAACGUGUUUCCAUAAAAGUCAUAUACAAUUUAUCUAUCUCUAAAAUGCUUAAAGGAACACUCCAAGUACCUAGAGCACUUUAGUUUGCUGAAGUACUUUGUGUGAAUAGUGCGUCCUUUUUUUUUUUCAAAAAGAAAAAAAAGAUUUCAAUGGACAUUUGUACUUUUAUAAAUUAAUCUUGAACUCAAGAGGCAGCAAUUGUCGAGGGCCACCUGCCUCGCAAAGACUUCUCAGUGAAUUUUAUUGGGAAUUCUGCGAUUGGACAGCUACAGAAGCUAUGUGCUCGGGAAAGGGGGAGGGCUUGCCAAUGCUGCAUACAGCAGAUCUGCAGCUUUUGCAAGCUGCUUUUAGAAUUACUACCAAUGAAAAAAAUGCAGCAGUAAAUGCAUGCAUGUUUUCGUUGGCUGUUAUACCUACUAAAUUGUUUUUUGUUUUGUUUUUUAAAAAACAAUUCCAUUAGAGUGUUUCUUUAAAUUUUGUCUCCAGGACAUAACACCAUUCUUUUCCUUCUGCAGCGGGAUUUCUACAAAGCUCGGCAAAAAAGUGAAGUAAAUACUGUCGCAAUGACAACACCUUUUAAUCGUGGAAGUUUGCGCCGCAGGUCAAGCUAUGCUUUUUCACACAAAGAAGGUUAUGCUGACCUUAUUACAACAGGGACAAGUCUGCGAAGGACUAAAGCGAGGGAGUCUGUUGCAUCAGCAUUAAGCACCACAAAAACAGAGCUUCCCAACUCUUUGGAUUAUAACUAAUAUUAUAUACAUCCAUUAAAUAGAACUACUUUGUACCAAUGGCCUAUUGUUAUACUCUGACUCAAAAAUGUAUACAGAGUCUUAAAAUUGUGAAGAUACAAGUACUCUUUUGAAAAGUCGACCUUUAAAAUAAUUAAUAUCAAAUUGCUUGUUAAUAUCAAAUUGCUAAUUAUCUUCAAACCACUGUCUUCAAAUGUACAUGGUAUAGGUGUGAAGGGAAAAUGGGCUUGAGAUAGUACUCAUACAAACAAAAAGGCAUCCAACAGAAUUUUAGUGAUUAAAAAAUAAUUUAUUGAACAUAAAUUGCAAAAACAUACAACACACUGAAAAAGAGAUGAACACGUAAGAUGCAUUUAUUUAUCAAAAAUGCAACAGUGAGAGUCAGUCUGGAGCAUGAUGCAGUCCUUAGACAUUGCCCCCUACAGGAAGGUCAUGGAACCUCACACUAGACAAAGAACACAGUAUGGUUUGGGUUAAAGUGCCAAAUACGGAGGACAUUUCUACUAUAAAUAGCUCAAACAAUAUAAUUAUAACACACAGAAACAAAGCUUUAGGCAAUAUUUGUUUUUGCAGAAGGGAAUGCAUGGGGUUUGCGAUUGUCACCCAAAAAAAAUAAAAAUUCUAAUUUUGUCAUUAUUGGUUAGUAACGCACAUCAGUUAAUCAAUUAAAACGCUUUAGUUGUUCAGUGGAGGUGUAGUUGAAGAUGGCAAAGAAUAUGCAGAAUAUUUUAGUGGAGAGACAUCUCUUUCUACAUAGGCCUCAAUUAAGAUUUUGAAAUGAUUUGAUCUUUUGGGAUAAACUUUUCAAAUUAAUUAUCUACAAAAAUCCCUAUAGACUUAAAUGGUGACUUCUGUAGUUAAAUCAUUUGAAAGGUUUAUCCAAAAGUAUUAAAUCAUUUGGAAAUCUUAUUCAAAAAUCUUAAAUCAAGGACAUAGUCCUUUCUGUUUUUCUGCAGACUUUUAGUUUCAAACUGAGAAAAAUAUUCAACAGAAGAACAUGGAAGCGAAGAUACAGUAAAUCAAUCAUUAAUUUUAUCUCUAACGUUCAAUACACUACGUAUACACUAGUACAAAGUACUAGAUGGUAGUUCUACAAUUAAAGUUGCUUAUGAAUUUCAGAGAUUUUUGUCUACUGUAAUAAUUACUGUGACAACAGUUAUUAAAUUGCUUUAGCUUUAGAGAACUGUUAUUUUUAUAUUAUGUAAUAUAAAAUUUUGCAUGUUUUAAGUCUCUGUGUGUAUUAUUUAGCAAAGCAUACAUAUACGUAAAUACCUACUUUCAGUGCAUCUCUUGGCCUACACAUAUUGGAUGGGUGCACUUAAAAACCUCUUUGGUCAGAAACGCAGCUUAUUUGACCAAAAACCUCGACGAUAAUAAGAUAAUCAAGAGCUAGUGUGUGUUCACAAAUCCCUGAAAUCCCGAACAAGCACAGGGUAUCUCAAAAAUGCAAUUGACAGAUAAAUGGCCUUUUUAAUCAAAUAACGCUAAACAUUGCUAUUCAAGAGCAUGGGUAAGCCAGGAGAUGCUCUAAAAGGUAUACACAUAUCAUAUAUAUAUCAUGUGAUAAUGCCCACAAAGGUUAUAUUACAUGCAAUAUUUUGUUUCCAUUAAAAUCAUGACCGUUUUCCUCUAACCAAAUUCUGUAGAUCCCCAUACCACACCACAGGUAUGAUUAGAAUAAAGUUAGCUCGCAAGGUUACAUGUCACGCAGGAACGGAGAAAUAAAAAAUACAAAACAAAUGUUACAAGGAAGCCUCAUUGAUGGGUGUCUUAAAUGAGACGCGUAUUGUGGUACCUGAAGUGCUUACAAUAUGCUAUAAAUUGGAGGAUUCUGAUUGCAUGAAAUACAUUUAGAUUUUAAUUCUCAACCUAUGGCCCACUAGCCAUUCUAUACCUUAAUAAAAUGUCUUUAUAAUUGGGGUUACCACUUAUACAUAUUGAUGGGCGGUACAUGAAAAGGGUUGCCAUCUAGUAUAUAAAAAUCAAGAGAAGGUGUAUAAGAUUAAAUAAUUAGGUAACGAAUAAUCUUUCAGAAUAUGCGUCAUACAUACUGCAGGGCAGCCCUUUUCAUGCGUGUUCAAAAGUAUUACAAAAUUAUGUGUGACCCUGAAAACAUGGUGGAUAUGGUAAGCCCAUUCAUAAUACAGAUUAUAUUAGUCUCCUCUUUCUCGGUAUCCCAUGAUAUGUUGCUGUUAUCCUUCUUGUUAACCCCUCAUGGACACAUGACGGAAAUAUUCCGUCAUUAUUCCCUUUUAUUUAUGAAGUUGUGUCCUUAAGGGGUUAAAAGAUAGAUAAGUAAAAAAAACUCAAAUUCCACAACCUGAAUACUUUCUCAAACCAUGUAGAAUCUGGCCUAUCUUUCAUUUCUCAAAUAUUUAACAUACAGAGAAAAUUUAAAUAAACAGGUUUUUCAUUAUCCAAAAUAAACUAGAAUUAGCUUGGGGGCAUUGCAUCUCAACGUUAAAAAUGGUGUUGCUUAUAGACUAUCUAAACCUUUUGUGACAAUAUCGCUUCAGUGGUAAUGGUCAAUCACCAUACAAAGACAAAAAAAUAAACACAAAGUCUUAAUAAAUUGAUGAUGUCAAUAGUAAAAGCAUGCAUAUCGAGGCAUGACAAAACUUUGGCUCUCUGGGCAUACGAAAAUUAGAGAUGGAAAAGCAUUAUCUGUUUUGUAUAUUGCUUGGUGAGUUAAUAACAAUUUUGUCUUGCAUAUGGCCUCAGUCAAUAUUGUUCAAUGUUUUUUUUUUUGGCAUUGAUGUCUAAGAUAACGGCUUAUACUUGUUUUCUCCUUGGUUGGACAUUACAGAUUUCACAAGAUACCAUGUGAGCUUGUGCGUACACAUGCUACGAAUAAAGUUGCCACACAAACUCUUUACUGAAAGACUCUUGUUAAAGUAUGUACCUCAGAGGUGACACUUUUACCCAGUGUAUGCAUUUUUUUAAUAAGUUGCCUCAUUAAACCCUAGCUAAGGGUUGAAUAUAUUAAACAUAUUUUUGGAUAUCCUUCAUUUCACUAGCAGCAGGAAUCUGCUAUUGUGUUGUUUUGUUGUUAUUUUUUCCUUUUACUUGACCAGUAGAGAAUUUCGACUCUGCUAGUACGCCACUGCUUUAUACAUCUAUAAAUGGCAUGAUUUCUGUGAAAACUCCUGUUAUAUUUGGAGUUUAGAACACAGAAGUUUGUGCACCGGGCAGCUGUGGAGAUAUCGCUAAACUGUAUUUCUUGCGAUGCAGAGAGGCCCAAGUGGUUUCCAAGCAUUAAAGAAUUGCUGCUUAGCAAGUACGGAUGGGUGUCUCUUUUGACCGUGAGUUAUGGCUAUAAUUUACUUUAAGUAUCUUUUAUGGAUGCGAUAACUACUUUGGUUCUGGUAAAUAUGUGAGAACGUAUAUGUAAAGAUUAUUAAAUAUUUGCUACAACUUCCAAAUGUGUAACAAAGGCUGUAAGUAGUAUACUAAACUCCCAACACAAAAAUGGAGGGCCGUUUGUUAGGGAAAUAUAUAUUUAAUAUUUUCAUUUGCACUUUAAUUAAAUUGACUUUAAUUAAAUUGACUUUAUUAGAACUGUAAUUUUUGAUACUUCAAUUCUACAUUUCUU